AUGGAGAUUCGGACAGACGAAUUAAGGAAGUUCGCUGGAAGGACCUUAGGGCAGUUAAACAGGUAAGGUUUGGAGUGUGUGUGUGUCUGUGAACAAGAUUUUCAACGUUGGAAGGAAGUUUAAUGCAAUGUUGGGAAGACGAGGUGGAGGAGCGCUGGUUCAAAGCUCCAGUUUAGCUUUACCCACAAACAAUAUUCUGUGUAUUUCUACUUCUUGAGCUUAUUAAUAAAUGUCCUUGGGUGUGUGUGUGGAGUGCCAAUGGUUCAGAUCUGAAGUGGGAAUGCUCACUCCUUGUACACUCAUAGUCCCAUAUGCAGACCCAGAUGCUCACAUCCCUGUGCGCACGUAGGCUCACAAGUGUGCCCUUGCAUUCGCACUAACGCAGCCUAUUGCAACAACCCCUUGUGCUCCCUCUCUGUCACCACGGCUCCCUCGUCCCAGCAAUAUGAUCUAGUGCAAAUUCUCUUGUUUGCGGUCAGGAUAGGAAGUGCGGCAUAAUGGCUAGAGUGCUGCGAUUAGCCAGUGGAGAGGCUUAGGCUCCAAACCCCCACUCAGCCAGGAGGCUCGCUGGGUAACCUCAGGCCAAUGGCCACCUCUCAGGUCAAACCUACUUUGCGGGGCUGUUGUGAGGAUGACAUGGGGGGUGAAGAGAAUAUGUCACAUACAGUCUUGAGGGUCACACCCUAUUGUCACAGGCCCACUUUCCAGCUGCAGACACACCAUAUGUUUAAAGUGCAGUUCUCUCUCUCCCCCUCCCCAUAAAUCCUGGGAACUGUAGCAUGUUAAGGGUCCUAGGACUUGUAGCUCCACAAGGAGUAAACUUCAGGAUUCUUUGGGUGGGGCAAGUGUGUUUUAAGUGUGCUUUGAAUGUAUGGUGUGUGAGCAGCCUUAUUAUCUUUUCUGACACUCUUCCACAAGCUCUCUCCCUCAACAUACCUCUUCCUUUUCCUCGCAACUUUUGUCCUGCACGUACAUCAUCUCCACCGCAGCCCUAGUCACCCCUCCCUCUCCACCAAUCCACCUUCCAUCCAGUUUAUUUUUAAAACUCUCUUCCCUUGCUUUUAGCCAGAUGGAGCCUCUCUCACUCUCUCUCUGCUGCAAACCUGGGCAUUUGGGUGUCUUUUGCAUCAUCCUGUUCUGCUUGUUUGCUUGAACCACAUGUGCAAAACAAAUGUUUGUUGUUAUUGCUUUGGCCUUACCAAUUGCAUUAAAAAAAAAACCCUUCUCUCCUCCCCCCCUGGCACUUUUGGCUUUACCAUGUCACCACUUAACACUUAACUCUUACUAACCUUUGCAUGUUGGGUCAUCAGGAAAGCAGGGAGUGGUGGGGGGGUGGAGAAAGAGGUAAAUGCAAUAAAAACAAGAGGAGGGAAACAAUUUUCUAUUUUUAACCUUCAUCCAUUCAUCUGUCCACCCCCCUCCCGUGCGGUAAUCUCCCCCGCCAACCCCACAACGCACACAACUCCCCAAUGUAUCUAGGUUUAUUUAUUUAUUUUGCCAGGCUGAAUGCUCCGUGUUCUUUUUCCCCUUGAUUAAAUUUGAUCUCUCCUCCACCAGCACAGGGGAAAUAAUAGAGAGGAGAGGAGAGCAGCCCCUGAAUGGGCUUAAAAACAGUCAGAUAGGAGGUGGGCGGGAGAGAGCAGUGGCGAUUAUGAAUGUAUCAAACCCAUAUUAUCUCCUUAAGCCUACCGGGGGUUGAGUUCGGAGAGGUUGCCUGUUUCUCUAGGGUGGGGAAAUGGAGCUGGUGGAAAGGAGAGCAAGCGAGGAAUCCCUCAGGAGUUGAGCAAAAUGAGCUGUGGAUCCUCAAGGCUCGGGGCAACCAAACCCACCAUAGCUCAACACAACCCUAAUUUAGGGAUCAGUAGGGUCUAGAUACUUGGCACAGGCCCAACUGAAGAAGCAAACUUUUCAAUAAGGAAGGGGCAACGGGGCUUGCCAUUUCACCAACCCUCCUCCUCCUCCUCCUCCUCCUCCUCCUCCUCCUCCUCCUCCUCCCAGGUUUCUGUCAAACCAAAGCUCUCCAGGUCUCAGAGAGGUCACACAAGGUCCUGAUUGAUGCAGCUAGAGGAUGGUUGCUUUCUUUAAAAAAAAAAAGUUAAGCCAAGCAGGGGAAAUAAUAAAAAAUUAAAAUUCCCAGCCCACCUUGGAUACGGGAGCGAAGGUUGGCGGCCAUAGCAAAAUUGCUUUACAUAACUGGCAUGAGUUCCAGUUUGAAAUAUGCACCGUCAUAGCAGAACUUCAUAAAAUAUUCACCAGAGUUAUAAGUGGCUACGCGGAGAUCUCUCUUGCCUCUCUCUCCCUAUAUAUAAAUAUAUUUACUCACAUAUAUUCUGUGGCUCUUGACGUGUUUGGCUGAGAUGGAUAACUGUGCAGAUGCAAUGGAACGUCCUUCCCCCAAAUGUGGAUGCCUGGGGACAUCAGAAGCAUUUAUAAAGCAUGUUUCUAAUAGGGAAAUUCUAUAACUAGGCUUGCCAUAUUUUUUAGGAAAACCCCCAAGUUGUUCAAUUGUCUUGCCUAAGAUCCAAAGGUUUCUAGACCUUAUGGCAGCAGAGAUGAAUUUGGAAUCAGUCUUAAUUAUGCAAAAUAUACUCUAAAGGGUUUAUUUUUCACAAUCCAUUUGGGUGGCAGAAUCUGGCUUUUCAUCCUGCAGAAUUCAGAUUGCAUUUGGAUGUUUUUGAGGGCUGGGUAGGUCCCUGCACAUCAGGGAUGUGAAACUCUUUUCUGCUUGAGGGCCACAUUCCCUUCUGGGCAACCUUCCAAGGGCCAUAUGGUGGGCGGGGCCAGAGACAGGUGUGGGUGGAGCAACGCAUGCAAAUAUUGCCUUUGCACAGUAGGCCAGUUUCUACACACACUCAAGUGACCCCGUCUACCCUCCGUCUAGACAAGCAAGAGGCAUGAUCAGAGUUCAGGGGCACAUUCCGACCAGGCAAAAACUCUUGGGGUCUGAUGCUUGGCCAGCGAGACAGUGAGGACUUGAGAGAAUCCAGAGAGCCAGAUAGAAAAGCCAGGAGGGCCACAUUUGGCCCCUGGCUUCGAGGUUCUCCAGCCGCACUGUAUAUAAUCCUUUUAUAAAAUGUCUGUUACAAAGGCAGGGUCUAGGAUGGGGGUCACAAGAUCUCACUGCAAUGGUGCAUCCAGGCUGAGGGUUUUUAGACCUGCCCAUUCCUUGUUCUCCUACUGACAGCUAAAACCACUUUCCAUGCCUCAUCAAGUACUGCCAUCUUCCGCCAUGCCAAUUUCCCCUCACUUUUUCACAGGGCAAAGAGUGGGAAUUCUGCAUUUAAAUCCCUGGUGUAGAAGUGCCCUUAGUCAGAAACAGCUACCCACAGAAUUAGGCUGGAUUGAGCCCGGGGCAGAAUUAAGCCAAACAUUAUCAUAACUUUCAACUCAAAUUUGGACUGAUGGAAGGGGAGGAGGGCAAUUAGCCCUCCCUCCAUCAAUUUAAGGGUGGGGUUAGGUGGGUUUUUAUUUUAUUUGUUUAAGAAAAUUAUAUACUACUUGGUUGUAAAAAAGAAACAACCCUCCACAUGAUUUACAGCAAUAGAAAAUAAAACAUUGAAAGCUGUUGUUAAAACAGGUAUUAAAAUAUUUCAAAAGGUGAUGAAAAUCAACAGUAGUUUAAAAAAGAAGAAGAUGAAAACAGUUCAGCAUUCUACAGACUUGCCCAAACAAAAUUGUUUUUAAGCAGCUGCUGAAAAGAGCACAGUGAAGUCACCAGCCCAAUGUCAACAGCGAGUUCCAAAGUGUAGUGGGGCCACACAAAAUGUUCAGUUUCUUACAGGCAUGAAGCAAGUAUUAAGUAGUACUUAUAGCAGUGCCAGUUCUGCAGAUCAAUGUGGUUUAGUGGGCCCGGUAUGGGGUGAGGUGAUCUUGCAAGUAAACUGGUCCCAAAGCUGGGAGGAAAUUCGUCACCGUGGCCUUGUGGUUCCCCUUCCAAAAUUUCUACGUUACUUGAGGGCGUAGGGUCAGCUUAAGGGGAGCUCCUUUUUCGAGGGGCGGAAUGGCACCUUCCACUGGUGACCAUCAUUAGUUCCUGGAAACUCCCAUCAGUGUCAUUACAGAACAUCAUUCUGGGGACUUUGGGUGGGUGUUUCGGAAGUGACAUCUGCCAACAGCCAACAGCUGUUUGGAGAACCUCUGGCUUUGGCUGUGACUUCCGCCUCAUCCCGUCAAAUCGUCCCAAGCCCCCUUCACUUUGCAGCCUGCAACUUGGGAGGCAGGUCUUUUGAGGACCAAGCCUAUGAAUGCUCACUUGAGUCAGAAGUCAGUCCAAAAUGAUGAGGUUCAGGUAGGACAUUCCAAGAUGAGCCUCAGUACUCUAAGGGUGGUGGUAGCUCACUGGAAAGGAUGGCUUAGGAACACAUGACAUUCUCAACCCUGGGAGUCUUUGAGAAACGGCCAGGCUAAUAUUUCAGCCUGAUUCCUUUAGAUGGGUUUGAUUCAUAAAUCAGGAGGAGGCGUUGGAUCAGAGGUGGCCAAGGGGUGGCCAAUGAGCCACAUGUGCCCCCAAAGCAACUUUAUUUCACACACACACACACACACACACACACACACACACACACACUGCCCCAGUAGCCGUACUAAAUUUUAAUCUAGGUGUGACAUCGGGUGAUCUGCAUUUCAUCAGGGAGAUGCAAUGAGGCUGUCUGUGUAUUUCAUGCAAGUUUUAUUGCAUUGCUCUCUCGUGGCCUCUUAAAGGAAACUUUCAGGAAGCACAUUCAUUCUUCAGCACUGUUCCUUUCAUUAAUGGUGACCUCAUAAUAACUAGGAAUAUGUGUCCUCUAUAUGCUGGUGCCUCAAGGACCUUGUCCCCUGCCCCCCGAAGCUUGGGAUUGGGAUUUGGGGCCAUCUCCAUAGGCCCACACCCCAGCAGGGUCUCCCCAGCUCCUCUCCAUGGCCCCGAUCCUUUUGCCUACUCACUUGCAAGCAGGGGCACGAGCAAGGCAAAAGCGUAGCAGCCUGCCUUUGCUUGCCUUCUCUGCUCCUUAUGGACAAUGACGCCAAUUGGGCUUACGGGAGAAUAAAUCAAACAGGCAGAGCUGAUGGUGGCAAGGAGGUGGGAUCAUUUAGGAAAGUGGGGAGCCCAAGCCCACCACACAGCUCUGAAGCAGACAGUGUGAUCCUGCCUGCUUUAGGGGAAAUAGAUGGAUUCCUUUCUAAAACGUGCAUUUUUGGGUACUGAUGUGCAUCUUUGAGUCAAGAAUCAGAGGAAUUCAAGACGGAGGGGAUAAACGCAUUCUGACUUGGGUGGUAGAGUUUGCAUUUAAAGGUGGACUUAAUGGUUCUGCGCUUUCCAAAACAAUACCAAAACAGAAAUGCAGCCUGCCUUCAAAAUUUGCUCUUAAAAAAAAUAAAUCCUAUGCAGUUCUCCAGCCAAGUAUUACGUUUUUCAAAAAUGCAUAUACUAGGGGAAAGUGUGUAUAAAAAUGCACAUAUUAGUGAAGAUAACUUUCAUAACACUUUGCAAAAAUGUGUUUGGGGGGGAGGGAGGACAAUCUUACAACAAUGUGCAUAUUAGGAAAAAUUAAGCCAAAAAUUAUCAUUAAUUUUUAUAAGGACUGAUAAAACACACAAAAACAGAAAUGUGCAGAACUGGACUUAGGACUGUGGAGAAAAAGAAAUAAACUGAAAUGCACCGAUUUGCCCAUUCCUAAUUCUUAUCAAAGUCACUAGUCUGGGAGGUGCAGUUCAGGUGUCUUAUCUUUAAAAAAUGCAGACUCAAAGAAAUCCCUGCUGGGCAGAUGGACUUUGGUGUGAGUGACCCAGACAGGCACAAUUCCUGUGUUAAGGUUCAAGACACCCUCAUCCCGCACCAGCUACGUCAUCCUGACUAAUAGCAAAUCAUUUCCCAAAGCUAACAAGGCAGCAAGGCAAAUUUUGCGUGUGAAAUGGGUGCCCCUAGGCAGUCAAAGCUGCCCUGUCUUUGACAGCCAAGGCUGGGGGUGAAGUGGAGAAAGGGACGGAUUCAAAAGCCUGAAGGUUGUUACAACAGUUUUCGAGUGCAUUUUCUGCUAACCUGAUCCUCAGUGCACACAGUGGCAGAGGGGGAAAGGGGGACUUUUUCAUUAACUGGGGGCGUAUUUAUGUCACCAAUCUGGAAUGACGAGGCAAUGCAGAGUUUGAUGUUUAAUUCUAAUUUCUUUCGUACAAAAGGAUGAGCUCCCCACACGCUUCCCAUGAACUUUGUCCGUAUAAACUCAAACUCCUGAGUCUCCGUCACCUAUAGCAUGACCUAAGCCUUUCCAUUUCCUUACCCAUUUGUUCAUGAGGCAAGAGCGUUGGCCUGUGGCGGAGAGGUCCAAGUUCAAAUCCUCGCUCAGCGCUGAUUCUUAAUGGGUUAAUGCUCGGCCUAGUCUUUCUCUCAGCCCAUCCUGUUGCCCAGGGCUGUGGCGAGGAUAAAAUGCUUAGUGGGGUCUUUGUAUGCUACUCAGAUCUCCUUGGAGGAAAUAAAUGAAAUUAAAAAUAAUAAAUCUGUUCUCCUGCGGCUCCCUUUACUCUUUCUUCACAUAUCUUCCCUAAUCAUAGCUUGAUUCCAAAGCAGAGUCAGAAGCCAUUGCUGGUUUUGGAGGCAAAAAUGGCGAGUGGUAACCAUGGUUUGCCAGAUUUGGAUGUCCCAGUAAACUAUGGUUCCCAUGACCCAAUAAGUGCAGGAAGAAACUGAAGCCUGUCUCUUACCCCUCCACUCAAGUCUUUAGCACUUUCCAGAUAUCUAUCCCAUUGUUUAUUUCUGCACCAUCAUUGUUACACAUCAAGGCCUGAUUAAGACAUGCGCAUAUAUAUAUAUGGAUGCGGGUGGCACUGUGGUCUAAACCACAGAGCCUAGGGCUUGCCGAUCGGAAGGUCAGCAGUCCGAAUCCCUGUGCUGGGGUAAGCUCCCGUUGUUCAGUCCCUGCUCCUGCCCACCUAGCAGUUCGAAAGCACGUCAAGUGCAAGUAGGUAAAUAGGUACCACUCCAGCGGGAAGGUAAACGGCGUUUCCGUUUGCUGCUCUGGUUCACCAGAAGCGGCUUAGUCAUGCUGUCCAUAUGACCCAGAAGUGGAUGCCGGCUCCCUCGGCCUAUAGAGCGAGAUGAGCACGCAACCCCAGUCAUUCGCAACUGGACCUAACGGUCAGGGGUACCUUUACCUUUACAGUGGUACCUCGGGUUACAUAUGCUUCAGGUUACAUACGCUUCAGGUUACAGACUCCACUAACCCAGAAAUAGUACCUUGGGUUAAGAACUUUGCUUCAGGAUGAGAACAGAAAUCGUGCUCCGGCGGCGCGGCGGCAGCAGGAGGCCCCAUUAGCCAAAGUGGUGCUUCAGGUUAAGAACAGUUUCAGGUUAAGAACGGACCUCCGGAACGAAUUAAGUACUUAACCCAAGGUACCACUCUAUAUAAAUAUAAUAAGAUGACUGCUGUCAUCACAGAUGACUUGCAUGUGUGAAUAGGCAAUCACAGAUCUAGCCACAGCAACAGAAGUAACACAUCACCACACACAUAUCGGAGUUAGUUCACACAUUCACCUGCCAGUCAUAAAAUGCAGAUAAAUCAAGUGAUGUCCUUGCAUUUAAGAACCUGGUCCUAAUACAUCACUAUCUGUCAGUUUGUUAUCCAUACAUAUACAUACAUCAUCCACCCGCUUUGUCUCUUUAUAACUCCCAUUACAACUAACCACCCAUCCAUCCAUCCAUCCAUCCAUCCAUCCAUCUGUGGCUAUCCUCUUUCUGCCCACUGUCUCCUUUUCCUUCCCAUUCUCUCCUUCUAACUUUGGCUGCUACCACCUACUUCUGAAAUUCACAGCAGACUAUGAUACAUACACAGACACAUAUAUCUAUAAAGUCCCCUAACUGGAGAAAAUAAGCAAUGCAUAGGCUCAGUUCAAACGUAAAAAAUCUUGGUCCAAUGAACCAUGGCUUACUGGGCAAAGAUUGAGCAGUGUACCCAUAUCCUCCCUCUUCCUUUCAUGCAGCCAGUUUCAGUGCUUAUAUCCUGUUUUGUUAAACCACAAUUUCCCUUGACACCUGAAUGAGGAAAGGGUGGUUUUGAUGGCUCCCAACAAAACGGGAUAUGAAAUCAGGAUCUAAUUCUGCUGUUGAUUUCAGCAGCACUGCAGUGUGUGACUAACUCUCUCUCCACUGAAGCUAAGGUGUUAAAACCUUUCCUUUCCUCUUCCCCUUUUCCUGGCGUUCAUUCUUGUCUUGCAUGCCUUUCAUCCUGGUGUUGUGGGUCAUUUAGGCCAGACUUUUCCCAAAGGUCCUUCUUCCACUCUUAGCGCUCCCCAGACCAACACCUUUCCCAAUCUAGUGCAAAAGGGUGAUAUCAACCCUACAUCAAUCAGUACCAGCGGCCAAAGAACUCUGGGAACUGCAGUUUUGUGUGGAUCCUGACAUUUCCCUAGUCAUCUGUCCAUCUAGUUCACCCGCCUGCCCAUGCUACCUCCCAAUCUCGCCUUCCACCUACCCAGCCCAGAGUUAUGGCUCUGUCACAGUCAAAAAUGGAGUUUCCAAGUUGACUCCAGCCAAAUAUAUCUCGGCACCUUCAACGCCUGUAACAGAGGGAGAAUCGAAGCUGUAUCACUCAUUUGCCGGCUCCCUUUUUCUCUGGAGCCGGCCGACGGCUGUAACAUUUUGUGUGCGUUUGCAGAGAAUAAGACAGCUGGCCCCAGAGCUAAUCCUCCGCCUAGCAUCCGGCAUAAAAUCUUUUCAUAGAUGCUGUUUGGCUUUCCCGCCCCCAAUACUCUAACCCUUAUAUAAUGUGACUGUCUCUGGAUGUGUGUGUGUGUGUGUGUGUGUGUGUGUGUGUGUGUGUGUGUGAGAGAGAGAGAGAGAGAGAGAGAGGGUUUGUGCAUUCAGUGGAUAGAAGAAGUUCAGUUGCCAGUGCUGUACCUGAAAAACAAAACAGAAUUAAAACACACACACACACACCGAGUGGGGAAAUGUGUGGAAAUUCACCCUGUCAGGUUCUCAGCUAUGACUGAGACAUUUUAGCAUGUGGGAAAAGGCUUCUCAGAUGUAUAAGCCCACACAAUUAGCCUUUGGCAGAUGGACCUGUUACAUGAUUUAAGUGGGGCCUAAAUCAGCAGUUCUUGUUCUCAGGGCAUCUUAUUGUGAUAAUCACUUAUCUAAGAAGGGAAAAAAGAAUGAAAGAAUGCCGUUUCCUUGUUUAAUAAUAAGUGAGCCAAAGGCUUCCCUAUUGACAAACAUGUGCUGCAAUUAUAAAUGUGCUUACAAGAGAGUAAGUACCCUGCCGAGUAGACAUACAAAAUAUUGCACCGCUGAGCCUGUUUUGUGACUGUAUUACUUGUCAUGCAGCUGCCAAAGGAGCCUGGGAAUUUGGGAAAACCGCAGCUUAGGGGCUGUGCGUGGCCCUCCACUCCUUUACACGUGGCGCUUCAGAUGCUGUGGGCCCACUCUUGCUACCUCUGAAGGCAGCCCUGUUCAGGGAAGUUUUUAUUGUGUGACAUUUUAAUGUAUUUUUAAUCUUUGUUGGAAGCCGCCCAGAGUGGCUGGGGAGACCCAGCCAGAUGGGCAGGGUACAAUUAUUAUUAUUAUUAUUAUUAUUAUUAUUCCUGGAUGCACACACACCCCAGGACACACAUCAUGUGCAUGUAAGAAAGAGAGAAAGGGAGGUGGGAAUGCUUCACCAAAAAAGAGGUGAGAAAAGAGGACAGAUAUUUGCAUGGAAUUUGCACAUGUUUAUUUACUUAUGCAAUUUAUAUACUUCUUAGAUAUCAUAUUCUAUAAAAACUACAAAAUCAAACUUCAGUUAAAAUGCCUGCUGAAAUAAAAAAGGGCUUUCAGUCGGUGUCAGAAGUUCAGCAGGAAAGGGGGCUUGCCUGACCUCAACUAGGAAGAAGUUCCAUAAAAUUGGGUCCACAAUACUAAACUCAUGACUCCUGGUGGAUGCGAGCUUUGCACCCAAGCCAUAGGGGGCCACUAACAGUGACUCUCCCCAAGACCUCAGUGAUUGGGCAUGGAUAUAAGGGAUCAGGUGGACUGUCCUUUGUAAAGUAGGUCACAUGGCCAUUGCACCAUCAACAAGCAAAACUUAGGUUGCAUCAUUCAUUCAUUCAUUCAACAAAUACACCUGCUGCUAAGGAACCUGCAGUGGUUUGAAUUGGGUAAUGAAGGUUGUGUAUACUUGUUGUUAAAACUGUUCAUUUAUUCAUCGCUUGAGCAUUCACACUUUUUAAUCUUAAUAUAUCAAAUAGAUAUUGUUAUAUUCAUUAGACUGACUGCCAAUCUGCCCUCCUCACCCUGCUGAAGGAAACUUGAGGCACUAUCAUUGUCCUGAUCUGCCUUACCUUCUGUCUCCUUACCUGAACUUCCUAAUUUCCCUUCAAUUCCACCUCCCCCCGACUCUGCUCACCCUCCUGUCUGUCUGACCAAAGACCAGUUACUAGAGAGCAGCACUGGAAGAGUGCUAGGGCUCUUGUCUCAAGCUUACGGGCUUUGGUGGGGCAACUGAUGAGCCACUAUGAGGAAAGCACAAUGCUGGAAUGGCUAGACCUAUGGGCUUUUAUUAUGUUCUUAGGAUGCUGGUGGCUCUGUGGUCUAAACCACUGAGCUUCUUGGGCUUGCCGAUCAGAAGGUCGGCGGUUCGAAUCCCUGCAACGGGGUGAACUCCCGUUGCUCUGUCCCAGCUCCUGCCAACCUAGCAGUUUGAAAGCAUGCCAGUGCAAGUAGAAAAAUAGGUACCACUGUGGCGGGAAGGGAAAUGGCGUUUCCAUGCGCUCUGGCUUCCGUCACAGUGUUCUGUUGCACCAGAAGCAGUUUAGUCGUGCCGACCACAUAACUCGGAAGGCUGUCUGUGGACAAACACCGACUCCCUUGGCCUGAAAGUGAGUUAAGCGCCACAACCCCAUAGUCGCCUUUGACUGGACUUAACCAUCCAGGGGUCCUUUACCUUUUACCUAUUAUGUUCUCACUCUUUACACACCCUUAAUUGGCUAGAAGCCUGCCCUAGCUUUAAAAAGCAAUGGUGUUGAAUUUCAGCUUGUGGAAUAGACUCGUGCCUGGAUUGUGACAAUUUAGUUCUGAAAUUUACUUAAUUGGCUGGGUGGGAUUGAGGAGACAUUGCAGACAUUAAGUGUUCCCAGCUAGCUGCUCAGAUUAUAUUUUAGGUAGAAAAGCAAAGUAGAAAUCCUAAGGAGGGAGGAUUUUUGAGGCACCAGAUCAAUAUUCAAAGCAUUUUCCCUCACUGGGUUCCCACCACUCAGUGAUUUCAACCACCCAGUGAUUUAAUAAUAAUUUUAUUUACACCCCGCCCAUCUGGCUGGGUUUCCCAGCCACUCUGGAUGGCUUACAGCAUAUAUUGAAACAUAAUAAAACAUCAAAUAUUAAAAACUUCCCGAUACAGGGCUGCCUUCAGAUGUCUUCUAAAAGUUAUGUAGUUUUUAUCUCCUUGACAUCUGAAGGGAGUCAAGGGAGUUCCACAGGGAAGGCGCCACUACAGAGAUUAAAGUAAGUCAGGAGCUGGGCAUUGGAGGAGGAAGGGGGUGCAGUAGGAGCGGCCUGCCCUGGGUGUCAUCCCUGAAGGGGUGUGACAUGGCCCCCCCUAUCACCCUGGGACGCUCGCCCCGCCCCGCUCUGGGUGCCAGAGCAGCUAGCUCCGCCUUUGGAGCUGUGUACGCUGAUGAAAAUUUCUGCAGAGCAUCUUCCCUGUUACCGACACCAUAACAAUAGCCUUACAUAGCAAAGGGUGGAGGAGGAAAAAAGGCAUCCUUAUGCACUUUGCUCUCGUGAUCAUGCCCACUUCCUGUUUCUCAGGGAGUGAAAUUGACCAGGCCAGGCAGAGGGUGAAACUUAUGAUGAUCCAUCCAAUCCAUUACACAAACCCUUCCAUGGAAUUGUUUGGGGAGGGAAGUAGUGGAGAAUGGAGAUCAAGACGAGAAUCAACAGGCUUCUGCCAGGCCACGCCUCCAGGAAGAAGAGACUCUCCCCAUAUAUUUCCCCCCCCAUUAUCUAUAGUAUGGCUCUCAAGAUGUACUGGACCAUUGCUAGGGGGAAGCACUCCCAAACUGCCCUAGUUUUGCUAUCUCUGCAGAGCCUCCAAAGUUUACCGUCUGUGCAGAGCCCAACUCUUGUCUUAUUCCACUGCCUUUUAGGAAGCUGCCUUGUACUGCUCUGUGGUCUCUACGCUGCCUGGCAGUGGCUCUCCAGGUUUUGGGCCAGGAGAUCUGUCCCAGCCCUAGCUGGAGAUGCCAGGGAUCAAACCUGGGACCUUCUGCAUGCAAAGCAGACACUCUGCUACUUAGAUGCAGCCCUCCCCUCCCCACCAAUGUCCCACCAUACGUCUUUUAUAUGUGGGUGGGUGUGUCGUGGCUGCUUCCCAGUGCGCCUCUUAAGGCUCUUAUCUCCACCCUUUCACCCAACCAGAGAGCCAAGCUCAUAGCUCUAGUGUGGGCAUUUUAAUAUUAUUAGCACACCACAUUCCUAAAGAUACACAUGCGCAACAAAAAGCAAAAUUGUUAUCCUAUUGCCAUCUGUUGAUGCCUAACAGUAGAUUUUAAGGCUUCUUUUGUUUCUCGCUGUUCGUGAGUUCUCAUCUUAAUUGACAUGCAGCUGGCUGCUUGCCAAGCUUAUCUCGCUUAUUUCAAUUAACUUGCAGAGAAUCUCUUGAAAGAACAGUGGAUUUGUGCGCUAGCAGCUCAGCUCUUGCUAGUCUUGUCCACCCUAAUCGGAGGUGCUCUAAUAUGGCCUAGCAGCUCAGUUCCAGUCAAAGCUUAUCUAAAUUUGCAAAGGAGCACUUUUCAAAGUUUGGCGUUAGGAUCCAGUAGCUCCACUCUGGCCAUUAUUAUUGCAGUUAUCCUGGUGGCCUCACAGAGGAGAAUUUUCAAAGAGCUUUGGUUUGCUACAGCACCUCAGCUUUUGCAAAGUUCAUCUUGAUUUUAUUCUGUGAAUCACCCUGAGAUUUUUUUGAUGGAGGGUGGUAUACAAAUUUAAUUCAUAAAUAAACUGCCAAUAACAUCAGCUAAGAUGCUUCAAGAAAGAAAGAAAGAGACUCUACCUAGAUAAGUAUGCUGCAAUGAAAGCAAGGUAGGAAGUAGACUGCAAGGAGGCGAAACUGUAAGGAGAUUGAUUGAAUCAAACGUUAAUUGUAUUGCGUGCAGAGAUAUCAAAAAGCUCACCUCCCUCCCUCCACCUGGGUGAAAAGGUACAGGCCAGAUAUAACUGUCAGAAUUCCACCUUAGCAAGUAACACAACUGUCAGGGACUCUGGGCUAUAACCUAACUCAGGGGUAGUCCACAGGGUUCCCUUCCUGAUCAUGCGGGACUACAACUCCCAGAAUCCCCUGCGAGAAUGGCCAAUAGUCAGGGAUGAUGGAAGCUGUAUUCCAACAGCAUCUGGAGGGAACCAUGUAUUCUGAGGCUAUGGAUGCCCAGGCUUCAGAGUCCUGUUUAGGAACGGAAGGGAAUAGGAAUGUAGAAUAACAGAUACUGUGAUUGGCAGGUGAUAAGAAGAAGCCUCUGGAUUGGCCGGGCCUUCUAUAAAUUCUUGUAGCCUAUCCCUCUUUGCUUUUAAAGCCAUCUAAGCUAAUUCCCACAGCCAUAUCACGCAGCUGCAGAUCAGCCAUGUGUUGUGUGAGAAGUAUAUUUAGUAUGUUCGCCAAUCAGUUUCACAGAGUUAUCCUGUGAUGAGAUGGGAAGGAGGGGUGGAAAAAAGCUUUAUCCACUUUCACUAUACAGUGGUACCUUGGGUUAAGUACUUAAUUCGUUUUGGAGGUCCGUACUUAACCUGAAACUGUUCUUAACCUGAAGCACACUUUAGCUAACGGGGCCUCCUGCUGCCACCGUGCCGCCAGAGCACAAUUUCUGUUCUCAUCCUGAAGCAAAGUCCUUAACCCAAGGUAUUAUUUCUGGGUUAGCGGAGUCUGUAACCUGAAGCGCCUGUAACCUGAAGCGUAUGUAACCCGAGGUACCACUGUACCAUGGAUGGGGAACCCAUGGUCCUCUGGGUGUUCUUGGACUACAAUUCCCAUCAGCUCUAGCCAGCAUGGCCAAUGGUCAGGGAUGUUGGGAGUUGUAGUCCAUCAAUGUCCAGAGGGUCACUGCUUCCCUAUCCACGUUCUGCAUGUGCUUAUAGAAGGUUCCUGGUCUUCUGAAUCCCCUGUGUGUGUUUGCGUCUCUCUGUGUGUGACUGUUCAAAUCAGGGUUCAAAUCAAAUUUUACAAAUUAUCUAGAAUUUGAUGCAAUAACAGAGUUCAAAUUAAUCUGUCACAGUUUCAAAACACAUCAUAUUUUGUUUUGGAUAUCCAAAUUUGCAGGAGACAGAAAAAGGCAAGAAUCUUUCCUCUUGCUGUUAAGUUGCAAAGCAAUGAAACCUCGGUAUUGUGCCAAAUUCACAGGCCCCAGAGUCUUUCUGACAUUUGUUUCAGCACAUCACUUUGUCAAUCCAUCCACUGAAAGCAGUGAACUGUUAUUUAGAGACACAGAUGCCAAUGUUAGCCAGUUAAGGCCCUUUCACGCAAGUGUAUGUUGUGGGAUUGGUGCUAUUCGUAUAUGCAGGUCUGUGUGACAUUGUUGGCCUCAAAAUGCCAACCUGUAUUUUCCCUCCCACUGAAGCUGGAAAACACAAUAAGUUCAAAACAACAAUGAUGCGGUUGCCAAAUUCACAAUAUCUGAGUGGCCCGUUUGAAGCACAGCAGAAGGUCAGAAGACCCCUGCUGGGUCAGGCCAAAGGCCCAUCUAGUCCAGCAUCCUGUAUUCACAGUAGCCAACCCAGAUCUCUCUUUGGAAGACCACAAGCAGGACCUCAGCGCAAGUUUACUCUCCCCGCCUGUGAUUCCCAUCAACUGGCAUUGAGAGCCAUACUGCCUUCAGACGUAUUCUGCACUUUAGGCAUUCUCAGAGGCUGUUCCUCCUUCUGACUUUGGCCAGGUCUAUGUAGUAAAAUAAAAACAGAAACCUAUACAUAACAUCAUUUUUAAUGAUAAAUAAGUCAGUGGUUAAGCAUUUCUCUUUCUGACCUGUUGGGCAGAGAUGGCUCUCUUUUCUUUUGUUAAAUUUAUUUAUUUGGUUUUUCAGAUUAAAACUUUACAGUCGCAUAUCCAACAUACAACAUAAAAACAAGAUUCCAAUGAAUCUCUUAAACUUCCCUCCUCCACUUUGUGGGUCCUACUGUUAAUCAUUUCCUCCUACAUCUUUUAUUAUAAUCAAAAUCUUUUACUUCUCCAUUGUAUGCAAAAUUCAUCAUUAAACUACAAGUGAUACUCCAAUCCUACUAAUGAUUUUAACUGUCUACAAUGGUCUUUUAACUGUCUACAAUGGUCUUUAAGUUAUAAAAUUUCCCCGUUCCUUAUUAAAAUUUUGGUCUUCCUGAUUUCUGAUUCUUCCGGUCAUUUUAGCCAUUUCGGCAUAAUCCAUCAACUUGGUCUGCCAUUCUACUCUGGUAGGGACUUUAUCUACUUUCCAGAGCUAGUCUCAGUUUAUUGGCAGCUGACUCCUUGGCAAGCUUGAUCUUCAAUUCUAAGCUUGAAUUCUUACAAGGAGAUGUGGCCAAUGUCACUACUGCUCCUUUGGUGUCGUCACUCAGUGUUUGCAAGCUUCUCCUCAUCUACAUACCCCAUGCUGGAUCAGACCAAAGCUCCAGCUUGUUCAUGACUCUCUGUCCAACAGUGGCCAAGAGAUGCCCUUGGGAUGUUUAUAAGUAGGGGCCAGUGGAUAUGUUUCUUCUGUCACCACUGGCCCCAAGACACUCGUCCCCAUGCCAGAAGAACCCAGGAGACCCAAAUGCAAGGCAAUGUUUAAAAUAAUUUUUUAAAAGAAGCAGCAAGAGGGGCGGGCAGAGAAAGCACAAGCAAAGUUUUAAUUACAUGAAAUAUAGAUGGAGGAGGAAGCACUGAGUGCUAGAGGGGCAUGAAUUAUUCAAGAUGGCCUGGAGCAGGUUUAAAAGGCAUCCCGCGUGCGCAUUCCUGCGGUCCCUGGCCACCUUUGUUGCUCAGCAUGACAGGAAAGGUUGCGAGACAAGGCACUUGCGUCUCCCAGCCAGCGCACCUUCGCUAGAAGCCAUUACGUCGUGAUGCCUCGGACUCACUCUGAACUGAAAACAAUGGUUGCUUUGGGAGCAACGGAUGCUCCCACCAAAGGGUUAAUGUAUGUGACCUGCCUGUUGCCUCCCUGAACACCCGGAAUCUCCCAGAAGCUCAGCCAUUGGCCGGUCCGCUGAGACAACACACGGAACCCUUGGGCACAUUCCAACUGCUCUGGGGGAAAGCUUUCCGUGACUGCAUGUUGACCGGCUACACUGUUCCUGGGAGGGAAGGUUAGCUUGGCAGCUAAGGCUUCCUGUGGGAUCAUGGGAGUUUGAGUGUGAUUUGCAGGACGGUGGUAUGAAGGACGAGAGCUGGGAAUGGUGGAGUGAUGGACCUCAGGGAAGCUAAGAGAGUUGAGAAACCAUUGUGUGGAGUCGUAGUUCUGUCCUGUUUACGCAGAAGGUCCUGGUUUCAGAGAUGCCACCAGGACAUGUCAGGGAGCAGAGCUCAGGAAAUGCCUUUCCCUGAAGAUCUCAACAGCAGGUGCAGUUGCUGACCAGCACAGAUGGCUGCUUCACAUGGUCCUAUGACAGGAAACCCAGAGAAGAGUUGCCACCUAGCUAAGGAACACAGGGAGCUGCCUCACACACCAGGGCAGACUAUCUGUUGCCUGCUCCAGAUGUGGGGAAAUCUCGUUCAGCCUGAGGACCACGUUUCCUUCUGGGCAACCUUCCAGAGGCCACAUGCCAGGGGUGGGCAGAAGUGGGCAGGGCAACAAAUGUGGAUUGGCAAAGGAGGCUCGUCUCAACACAUGUACACCGACACCCCUCUCUGUCCUCCAUCCAAGCAUGCGAGAAGCAUGCAUGUUCUGGGUUCAAAAACUAAUUCCAACCAGGCAAAAGCCCCUGAGGUUGGUAAAGGGGCAUUGGCUGGGGAGAUGAGAUCGCCUGAGGGGGAGUGCAAAGACCAGACUGAAAAUUCUCCUAGGCCACCGUUGACCACUGGGUUGGAGGUUCCCCAUCCCUGCCCUGUUCGCACUAGCAGUGGCUUUCCAGGAGCUCCACUAAGGGUCUUUGACACCCCCCUUGUCCCUUUAGCUGGAGAUCCCAAGGCUUAAACCUGGGACUUUCUGCAUGCCAAGUUUAUUUAUUUCAUUUAUAUACUGCCCUUCAACAUAAGAUCUCAGGGUGGCUCACAGAAUAAAAUCUUAUUCCAUCAAGUAUGAAUGAAGCCCACUGAUUCUUGACCCGAUUUGCCUGGUUAGUUAAACUAGACCGAAGGUUUUCAGUUUCUUGAGCAGUGUUCCUAAAGCCGUGCUUCUGCAGCAAGAUGAUUUGAAAUGUCCAAAAGUCAAAUUCAGAGCAAGCCAACAAGGUGGCCAACUAAAGAAGCAAAAACUCUGGGUGGGAAUUCAAGGUAGUGCUAAGGAGAUUGCAACCAUUUCUGCUUGCCUGGCAGUAAGAUCUCCCUUCUCCUCUCCCACCCCACACUGUGUGUUUUUUUUUGGGGGGGGUCUCCUGUCCCACUCAUAGUGAAUUUGGGGGAGGCAUGGGGGGGAGAGAAAGGGGAGAAAGGCCUGUUGCUCUAGCAGGAGUCCUUGCACUGGCUUCCCCUAGCAGAACAGGGUAAAAAAAAAAAUUAAUGCAUUGAAAAAAUGCCUUGUAACCUACUGUAAACUCAGGUUGAACUUGCGAAUGUACACCUCUUUCAAGAGAAUGCAGAAUAUAUCCAGAGCCCUACCUGCUCAGACCAAAGGUGCAUUUCCUCCAGCACCCGACUUUACACAGCGGCCAACAAGAUGCUCCUGGGAAGCUCAUAAGUGGGGCAGGAGGCGAAAACUCCCCCCUGUUGUGUGUCAGAGGUGUGCUGAUUUCUGAUUUCCACACAGAGAAUCAUAGAGUUGGAAGGGACCAUGAGGGUCACCUCUAGGCCAACCCCCUGCAGAUGCAGGAAUCCUUUGCCCAACGUGGGGCUCAAACCCACAACCCCAAUAUUAAGAGUCUCAUGCUCUGUGGACAGAGCUGGGCCACUGUUGUCACAACCGAGACAUCCCACCUAUAUAUCUCCCCAUUCUACAUUGAGGCAAGCAGGACUCCAGGGGUCCCAAGUGAAAGGGUCGUCGGGAGGGAAUAGAGGCAGGUCUGCUAGCUGGACAUAAGGCUGCUGGCCACUGUGACUCUGUUCCGCCUCCACUGUCAAAGCCAGUAUUUCUUUGAAUGCCAGUCGCUGGGUGUCACAAGUGAGGAGAGUUGCUGCUGCCCUCAGGUCCUGCUUGCAGGCCUUCCCUAGACACCUGGUUGGCCAACUGCAAGAACUUGACAGGAAUGAACCAUUGCCUCUAUCCAUCAGGGUUCUUCUUGUGGCCAUAGGGCCCAUGCUGCAUCCCUCUUGCUGAAGCUGAGCAGGGCUGCAUCUGGUCCAGUAGUCGUGUGUGUGGCAGGGCAGGAACUGCUGCUUACCUGGACAGGGAUGGGGCAGGGGAGAAGCAAGGUGGAGCCAUGCAGUCGCAUUGAUGUGUUGCGGGAGGCUCUGCACUCCUUUGUGUCACCUCCCACUUGUGGGAAUGUUCAGGGAUGCAGGAGAGGAUAUAUUGUCUGAUUAUAGCCUUUCCGACUUGUGUUAACAAGUUCACAAUUUAGCAGAGUAACAUUCCCCUUUUUAAACUCAGCGGAUACGUUUGCGCAGGCUCGCUAAAGCCUCUAUAAUAACUGUUCUGGUGUUUUUCCCUUAUUCCCUCAUAAAAGAUAAGACACGACAUAAUCUUCUAUAAAAGUAUAAAAAGAGUUUACUCACAUUCUGUUCACAAUCGGAUCCCAGAAGGCAGACUUCGCUUAGAAAAGUAACAUACACUUGGAAACUAUCCCAUAAGAAGACAGCCCCUUUGUCCUCUCUUGGCUGGAAGCCAAGAGGGCAUCUUUGGCUAAGCAGAUGUUGCUUCUUCGAUGCAUGUAGACAAAGAGAGAGAUAGUUGCCCUGCCCUGUGCUUUUGUCGUUACCUGCACAGGUGAGGCCACACCCACCUCUAGUCACAUGCAGAAGAAGUCUGUCCCAGCCCAGAAGGAAACAGGAAGUUUACCUGCUGGCUGGACAAACAUUCCUCCCCAUGUGUAAACAUGUUCACUCUAGGAAUGUUGUACUUGACUGCUCUUGUGUUUCACAUCCCACACCACUAGCUUCACAACAACCCUGUGAGUGCCUUGCCUAAGCUCACCCUGUGGUCUCCAUGGCUGAGCGUGGCUUCAAACCUGGCCCUGCCUGGUCCUAGACCAGCACUCUCAACCACUCCAGCACACUGGGAUAGUUAAGAAACAUGUGGCUGGCAGAAAUUCACGAGGCGUGGCUUCCUCCCCAGCAUGGAGACGCCAUGUUGGGCAAAGCUUAAACUUCUACAUGGCAGCCCUCUCUCUCUAAAAAAAUAUAAUAUGGAAAAAAUGGACAGUCCUGUAAUCACAGCCUAAGGAAGUUGUCGUAUUCAGAGUGAGAUCGCAAGUCCAUCUAGCCCAGUAUUUUCUACACUGGCUGACAGCAUCUUUCCAGGGUUUCAGAAAUCUUUUCCAGCCCUACCUGGAGAUGGCGGGGAUGGAACUAGGGACCUUCUGCAUGCAAGGCAGUUGCUCUGUCACUGAGCUAUUGUCAGAACCCAUAUAUAUGCCCACCACCACCCCUUCUUUUUGCUGCCUUUCUCCGCCCUCAUUGCCAGGUGUCAAAUCUAAGGUUUGACUGCUUCUUGGAAGGGGAUCCUUGCGGCUUUCAGACCCCCCACCCUUUGAACCUCCCCGCUGUGCAGUGACCUUCCUGGUAGGGAAUUAAACACAGGAGUUAAUCCCCCCCCCCAACACAGGUUCAGGUUGCUGCUGCAGGCUACAAAUCCCUGUCCCCUUAUCUCCCAGAGGAGUGGAAAAGGCAAGUCACACACAGCCUGAAAUGGAAAACUAACGGGUGGUUGGUCAUUUUCUAAGUCUAUGGUCAGUGGCACCACCAGGGUGGGACUUUGUGGCAGAUGCCCAGGACUCCAUGCAGCAGAAUGAUAAUAGAAACAUAGAAUAAUAGAAUUGUAGGGUUGGAAGUGACCACGAGGGUUGCCUAGUCCCACCCCCUGCAAUGCAGGAAUCAGUGUGGGGCUCAAACCCACAACCCUAAGAUUAAGAGUCUCAUGCUCCACUGACUGUCCCUGCUAGCUAGCUAUGGUGGCCCUGAGUUUAGCAGGGCCAACUUACCACAUUUUGAUGCCCUCUAAAGAGGGGGAGGGGUCCCCUUUAAGAUGAUUAAGUCCAGAGUCUAAAGGCCCUCUCUCCGUGUCCCAGGUGCCUUAUACCCAGUCAGACUAUUGGUCCAUCUAGCUGAGUAUCAUCUGUACUGAUUGGCAGUGUCUCUUUCAGGGUUUCAUAGGUAGCAUUUCGCCUGAAAUCCCGGCGCACCAUUGCCAGUCCGUGCUGGAGAGUUCUGAAGCAUCACUCCCAGUUUCCCAGCCCUGUCGGCAGAGACCCCAGAGAUUGAACCUGAGGUCUUCUGCAUGCAUAACAAGAUGCUCUGCUUACUGGGCUACGGCCUCCUUCCCCCAAAAACAUAAGCACCAUGCUCUUGCAGUCAGGCACACAUUGCUCAGCACUGAUGUUGCUAUUCAGGGUCGUGGCUGAUUCUCCAUCUCCUUUUGCUGGCACAUCACCUACUCUUUGACUUUCUCCCUCCCCUACCCCACCCCACCCAACAAUAUAGAUCAUAGAUGUUGCCCAAAUUUCCGAGUCCUCUGUGUGCGCGCAUGCAUGCGUGCGUGUGUAAAAUGCCUGCCAGUGACAGCUUGUGAGCAGGAUGCUUCUAGGAAGGGGGGAACUGCGUGUGCCCGGAUGCCCGUGUGUGUUUGCGCAUGUGUUAUUCUCGGCUUCCUUGCUGCAUAUUUCAUGAGCAAGGUGACGGGGGAGGGGGGGAGGCUGGGAGAAGAGGCUUUGGCUGCUGUACAGAAGUGCUGAGCUUUAAAGCUACCUCCAUAUGUUCCCCGCUGCCUUCUUAUCCAAUGCCAACAAUCUCUCUCUCUCUCCUUCUCUCUCUCACACGCAUGCAGCGACGUGCUCAGAAUCGCACCAGGUUUUGUCUUCUGGUCCCUGUUCCGCAAGGAGCAGGACACAAAGCGUUCUGUAGGGGGUGCUGUGUCGCAAAGGGAAAAGGCUCAGGGCAGGGCAGGGAAGUGGAGGAAGAGAGACGUGCCUCCCUUGUUCUGCAACCUCCUCGUCUCCACAUUCUAUUUUGGAACUUCCCUGCACACACAAAAACUGACAAGGUGCCAUUUUUGACACCUGUUCCGUUAACACUGCGAAAGGAGGAGAGGGAGGACAAAAAUACCAGCGAGAUAAGACAGCCACGCAGGGAGGCCAUGCACGUCCCUGUUGCUCCUGUCGAUGCGAAUCCGCAGGGGUUAGCUGAAUGGCGGUGCACACACCAAACAUCUAAGGCCCAAUUAAAGUGCAUUACUUCCCCAACAGAAUCCUGGGAGCUGUGGUUUAAGGUUGUCGGGUGUCGUAGUUCCGUUUGCAGUAAUCUACAGUUCCCAGGGUUCUUGGGCAAAUCCACGAGGACAAGAAUUACACACCUGGGUUUCUCUCCAGAUGUUGCUGGACUCCAACUCCCAUUGGCCCCAACCAGCAUGGGCAACCAUCAAGGGCAAUGGGAGAUCUGGCCCUAGGCCAGACAAUGACUGAUGGAACAUUUGGUCCAUCUAGCUCCUUAUUGGGUCUGACUGGCAGCAGCUCUUCAAGGCUUCAGAGAGUCUCUCCCAGCCUAAUCUGGAGGUGCCAGGGACUGAACCCAGGACUUUUUUCAUGCAAAGCAGAUGCUCUACCAGUGAGGUACAGUCCUUCCCCCAAAGCAGCCUUUCUCAACCUGUGGGUCCUCAGAUGUUGUUGAACUACAACUCCCAUCACCCCUAGCUAGCAAGGCCAGAGCUCAGGGGUGAUGGGAGUUGUAGUCCAACAACAUCUGGGGACCCACAGGGUGAGAACCGCUCCGGCCUAAAGCAAAAGAUGCUGGUCUGGUGGCUUCCCCAAGACACUGGGAUUUAUAGUACAGUGGUACCUCGGGUUACAGACGCUUCAGGUUACAGAUGCUUCAGGUUACAGACUCCACUAACCCAGACGUAGUACCUCGGGUUAAGAACUUUGCUUCAGGAUGAGAACAGAAAUCGCGUGGCAGCAGCAGGAGGCCCCAUUAGCUAAAGUGGUACCUCAGGUUAAGAACAGUUUCAGGUUAAGAACGGACCUCCGGAACGAAUUAAGUUCUUAACCCGAGGUACCACUGUACAUCCCUCCUGCCUGGAUAGCAAAACUAAAGAAAACAGUUUUGCUGUUUAGUUAGAGAAAGAAGUUUGGUUUGUCGCAGGUGGUUGGCAAGCAGGAGCCAUGGGCACACUGGGAGCCUGCUUGCUUUGCACUAUUCAACUUGUGCAUUUGUGAUUAAAUAAUAACAAACUCAGGUGGGCAAGUGCCUAUCAGUUUAUAAGCACUUACACAGAUCAGACCAGAAGAAUCUUUAUUUGCAUCAGCCACUAGCCAUAGCAAUAAAAUAAAAUGUACUGAAGAUAGAGGUAAAAACUUAACUAUGCAAAAUUCAUUUUGGAGGUUUAUAUCAAUAAUCAAACAAUAGAUCUUAUUCUAAUUGCCCCCGCUCAAAAUGUUGCAGUUUUUGCCGUCACCUGAUUAUCUUGAUCUGCUAGAAGAAAGAACACAGUAGCAAUGGUUGAGCGACCCGGCCUCUGGCAUGGACAAUAGUAGAGGGGUAAUAACCUCACUCCCCAAAUCUUUAUAAUGAGUGCAAGCCAGAAGCACAUGAGACACUGACUCAAUAUUGCUAUCUCCACAUGGGGAAAACCGUUUUUCCAGCGGAAUUUUUCGAAAUUGACCCUCAAGUACAGCCGAAGGCAGUACAGUGGUGCCCCGCAAGACGAAUGCCUCGCAAGACGGAAAAACCGCUAGACGAAAGGGUUUUCCGUUUUGGAGUUGCUUCGCAGGACGAAUUCCCCUAUGGGCUUGCUUCGCAAGACGAAAAUGUCUUGCGAGUCUUGAAAUGGUUUUUUCGCUUUUCCCCCCCUUUAUCUAAUCUGCUAAGCCUUUAAUAGCCUUUAAUAGCCUUUUAGCAGCUAAUCCCCUAAGCCUUUAAGCCUUUAAUAGCCGCUAAACCGCUAAUAGCGCUAAUAGCGCUAAUCCGUCAAUGGGCUUGCUUCGCAAGACGAAAAAACCGCUAGACGAAGACUCUCGCGGAACGGAUUAAUUUCGUCUUGCGAGGCACCACUGUAUAUUCAUUAUUGCGUAAGUGAAAGUGCGUCUGUAUUUUGGAAUCGUUAACUUUUGCAAGUUGGGUGUCAACGUGUCAAAAUGACUAGGUGGAAAAUAAUCAUACCAUGGACAAAAUUUCCUUUUUGUGGCCAAAUUAUUCUGCCGCUCGAUAUCAUAUAGGCGCUGUCUAGUUAAAUUACUGGCUUUACUGAAGCCCACUGUUAAUAACUGUUGUGGUGAUAAACCAGAAAAGUAAAGCUUUUGGUGGACAAUUUUAGUCCAAGUGCUCUCAUGACAAUCUUGCGGUACUAAAGGUUGUUAGACCAGUGGGGUUUAAAUUUAACCGAAGCCAAUAAUUAAAUGUCCUACACCAAAUCUGUAAUUCAACAGAGGGGAGAUUAGCCUCCAAGCGCAAUGAAACAUUUGGAACACAGGAUGGAACAGAAAAAAGUUGCCUUAGGAACUUAGAUUGAACAGCUUCUGUACAUCCAAGGUGAGUGCCUGUCCAAAUCUGAGCCCCAUACAAUAACUAUGCUAGGGGUUUAGAUUUAGACACUUCAAGUGCUGAUGGUAUGUGAUUGCCACCUUUUGUAGCGAAAAAGCAUGCCAGAAUUUUGGAAGCACUUACAUCACACGCCACCCCAAACUAAGGUGGCAGUUUCUAUAUACUUGGCAUAUUUUCCAGAUAUGCAGAAGUAUCUAAGUUUGCAAGCGAAAAAGAGAUUUUCUUUUAUUUUUAAAGUGGAACCCCCCUUCCCACAGAUUGACAAGUACCUGUGAGCUAUCAGAACUUAUGGAAUGUUGAUGGCUGUUGACCAUACAGAAAUAAAAAAAGGGGGGGGGUAAUUCACCCCAUUGACUGAGUUCCUAGACAGCACAGUCCUAGAUGUGUCCACACCAUUUAAUUGAAUUUCUCCAUUGAGAGGAGAAAUUCCCCAGUAUUGUAGUACUUUUCUCAGUGGCGGGGCUUGCUCUUAGCUUGGACAUCUUUCUUGUUGUUUUUCUUCCCACUGUGAAUGACAACAGCGCGAUGUUAAGCGGAGCAAAGUUAAACUGGAAUUUGCUGCCACAAGAGGUAGUGACGGUGACCAGCCUGAAUGCGGCUUUAAAAGGGAUUCAGACAAAUUUAGACAGCUAUGAAUGGCUGUCAGACAUCAUAGCUGUGGGCUACCUCCCGUUUUCAAGGCGGCAUAUCUCUGAAUACCAACUGUCUGGGAGCACAGGUGCGGAGAAUUCCUGUAUCACUCAGGACCUACUUUGGAGUUUCCUAUAGGCAUCUGGUUCACCCCUGUGAGAACAGAAUGCUGGACUGUGAUGGGACUUUGACAGGCCUCUCCUUAUGCCCAGACUGGCCACCACUUUUUGCACACACCCCCCAAUGCCCUAUUCACACUAUAAAUUUUAAGACAGUUUCAUUCCAGCACGUUUUUGACUAACUUCUUCUUUUUUUAUCUCAGGAAUGUUUUUAACUGUUGGUAUCUCCUUGGUGUUGUUGUUGUUUUCUGUUUUACAGCUUUAUCUCUUUUUGUUUUGACUGCUUUUAGUCUUGUCCCCUGAGCUGCCUUGUUGCAGAAAAGUGGGAUAAAAAAUGGUGAAAUAAGGAUGGCGGAGGCAGCAUUCAUUGAAAUAAUACGUUUUGAGGACUGGUUUAAAGGAGGAGGCCCACUCUGUGACAUCCCCAGGGCCCACCCCUAGAUCUCAGGUUUGGGGCCUCAAAUCUUGAAUUAUGCCGGUAUGUGAUUGGAUGUUACCCCAAAACAACCACAACCAGGAAGCACCCUGAGAAUUCCAGGCUUAGCGCUGCUUUCAACUAUCAGGGAGCCCCUUCCAGGCUGAGCCGCCUGCCAGGCUCUCAGUGCUGGUCUUUCUUUGACAGCUUCCAAAUCAUACACAGCUAAAGCCUUUGCCAGAACUGGAAACCUUUUAUGGUCCUUCCAGCUCUGGGGGACCAAUGGCCAGCCUGGGUGGGCGAGUUCUCUCCAGGCAUCAGUCACAGUGAGACAGCCGCCUCAGGCAUCAGAUGCACCCUGGAAACUAGGUAUGCAGUCCAGAUAUGAACUCCUCCCAAUGGACCUGGUGGCUCAUGGCCCAGGGCAGUGGAACACAGACCAGGGCAUUCUUAAUCCUAGUUCCUGCAAUUUCUGUCACAAGGAAACUCCCUAAGGAACCCACAAAGAGGCUUGGGACACCCUUAAAACAGGUUUAUUGGACCAAGGACCAAAGUCAACCUGAGAAGAUAUAGAUCACUUGGCAUGUGUAAUAUAUAAUUAUGCGCACACAUAUACCAUGUGUGUUUAUAGGUGGCUCAUUGUGUGGCAAUGGGAUUCAGGGCCUUCUCUGGUUUUCCGUCGUGUCACCUCGGUUGUGGAGUUUCCUCCAUGUUGGCAGUUCCAACAGCAAAUGAAGCUUUCUCCUUUAGGCUUUUGCCAAUGGAUGGAUUAAAGAGCUGGUCUGUCUGCUGCAGGAAUGUGUGUUUUGCUGCAAAUUGCUUAUUGAUGCUUAUAUUGGUGUUAUGAUGAUAUUUUUAAAAAAUCUACAUGGAUAAUGUUAUAUUUUAUUGGAAUAUGUUUGUAUGCUGCCCUGGGAACCAUUAGGUGGAAUGAUGGUGUUAAAAUGUAAUACAACAGAAUUGUUAUGCACACCCUAAUAGUGUGGUUUCAGGGGAUCCAGUGAGUACUCUUGGGUUGGUUUCCUUUGAAUAAGAGAUUUUUGUAACUACCGUAUUUUUCCGUGUAUAAGACUAGGGUUCCCCCCCCUUAAAAAUAAUGUCAAAAAUUAGGGGGCAUCUUAUACACGGAUAGAUCUCCCCCCAUUUUCUUAAAUCUGAGUCCCCCCAAAUAGUCUUAUACAUGGGGGCGUCUUAUAGACGGAAAAAUACGGCAUAUGCAUUUAAUUGCAAAUAUGCAGGUUGAGCUUGUUGAUUUAAAGCAGAGUCUUGUGGCCAGCGGAAGGAUGAGGAAAAUGUGUUACAUACUCUAUAUUGCUUUAUUUACAGUUCAAAGCUGGUAUAUUACAGAAAGACAUCUUGCGUCUGCAGGAGCAGAAAAAUGCAUCCUCUCUCCUCCACAGCUCGGAGAGAAUCACACAGAGAAAAAAACAGGAAACCAGUGUACGUCACAUCCAGUCUCCCUUUCCCGUGAGAAAACUCCAACAGUACAGACAGUACAGACUGUGGAAUGUAAACACCUGUCUCGUGACAUGCAAAGCUGCACAGUGAAGGAAAGCAGAAACUAACAUCCUCCCCCUUUCUGUGAACAUCACUGGGCAGCGUGUUCGCACAAUAUCAGUACAAACCCAACUUCUGCACAUAGGUACAGUGUUGAUCCCUUGAUACAAUCUUGGACAAUACAUCAGCAGGAAUUUCAUUACCUGGCAUAUAGGACACCGUUACGAGUCCCUUCUGAAUACAUUCCCUAGCAUGCUGCAACUUUAAUUGCAAGUGCUUUGUGCUUUGCUUACAACCUUCAGACUUCAGCAAAGCCAAACAUGCUUUGUUGUCCAGGUAAACCUGGAUUGGACAUUUGACAGGAAUUUUCAUAUCUUUGCACAAUUGUACUAACCAUUCACAAUCCUUAAGUGAAUAAGACAGUGCAUUCAGUUCAGCUUCACAAGUACUUAAGCUAACUGUUGUUUGCUUCUUGCAUGACCAAUCAAACAGACUCUGAUUGUACAUGUAGCAAACUCCAGAUGUACUUUUCCUGUCUGUAGUGUCACUUCCAAAACUUGCAUCUGCAAAUAUCUCAAGACCACCAGACUUCUGAUUGUUAAAUCUCAGUCUGUAAUGCAUAGUGCCUUUCAAAUACCGCGCUAUGCGUUUCAGAGCUUUCCAAUCCUUGACACUAGGAUUGUUGACUUGUCUGCUUAGCAAAUUACAGCUAACAGCAAUGUCUGGUCUUGAACAUCUGGCAAUGAAGUUUAGCUUGCCUAGCACACUCCUGUACAGUGUAGUGUCAGAAAAUGCUUCUUCAGUGUCAUCUACCUGAUAACCUGUUGUCAUCGGUGUGUCUACAGGGUUAGCAUCCAUCAGAUUUAGUUUGCUUAACACAUCAGCAAUUUUCCGUGACUGGUGUACUAGAAUGUUACCAUCUUGAUCUCUCUCUAUUUCCAGAGAUAGGUAGUUGUUUACCUCACCAAGAUCUUUCAUGUCAAAGUGCUCUUUCAGUUGAGCUAGGGCGCUAUUGUACAUUGCAACAUCUUUCCAAAAGAAUAACAAAUCAUCAACAUAAAACAAACAGUACAGUUUCUUUUGCCCCUCCUCUUUGACAAAUACACAUGGAUCAGCUUCCCUUGCUGAAAACCUAGAGAAAACAAUACUUCAGUGAGUUUUGUGUGCCAACACCGUGCACUUUGUUUGAGACCAUAAAGGGAUUUCUUCAGAGCACAAACAAAUCCCUGUUUUACCUGUACGCCAUCAGGUGGAAGCAUAUAAAGUGAUUCAUCUAGAGAUCCGUACAGAAAAGCUGUAUUAAUAUCAUGGUGACUAAUGUGUAGAUUUUCCUCUGCAGCUAGCUUAAGCAUAAGCCUAAUGCUUUCAUAUCUCACUGUGGGUGAAUAGGUCUCGUGAUAGUCUUCACCUGGUACCUGUGCAAAACCUCUGGCUACCAAUCUGGCUUUGUGUCUGACUAUCUUGCCAUUUUGAUCUGUCUUCGCUUUGAAGACCCAUUUGCUUCCAAGCAGUUUCAUUCCUGGAACUACUGGAACUAGCUCCCAUGUUUUGUUCCUUUCCAAGGAAUCAAGCUCAGCCUUCAUGGCAUUUAACCAUGGCUCAGCUUCCUUUGAAUCCAAACCCUGGAUUUCUUGGAAACUUGAAGGUUCAAAUACCUUCUUGGAGCUUUUAACAGCUGUUACUGCUAUCUUAGCAAACUCAUCAGCAAAUCUCUUUGGAGGUUUGCCUUUGUGGCUCUCUGUGACCUACGAAUUAUCCUUAAGUCUUCAACACUCUCCUCUUCCUUCUUAGGAGAAAAACGACCUAUUGUGAACAAUGGUUCCUCCAAUUCUUGAUCAGAGCUUUCAGAGGGUCGCAUAGAGGCUUUCGCACUCUUGAAAUCCUCUGAAUCACCCGAUUCAGUUUCAGAUUCAGACUCAGAACCUUCAUGAGUGGGUGUGGGCUGUUGUGGUUGCUUUUGACUAUCCUCAGUCUCAUCACCGUCAUCAGGAUAACAUUGGAAAAUUCCCACAUUCCCCCCCCACUUUGCAUUGUACUCAACACUUCUCGUGAGCUUAAUUGUCUUAGAGUCAGUCAUCAUUAUUCUGUAAGACCCUUUCUGAUAACCUAGAAAGAUACCAUGCAAUCCACGCUUGUCUAACUUGGAGUUUUGUGGUGAGCGAACCCACAUGUCAGAACCAAAAAUCUUCAUGUGUUUGAUGUAUGGCUUCUUGCCAAACAUCUUUUCGUAGGGGGUACAACCAAUCGCUGAAGAUAACCUGCGAUUGUAACUGUAAACAAAACACGAGAGAGAUUCGGCCCAAUAACUCUCUGGAAGAUUGGCAUCAUGCAGCAAGGUUUUUAAACCUUGAAGCAAAGUCUGAUUUGCCCGUUCCGCAAGUCCAUUCUGCCAUGGCGAGCGAGGACUAGACAAAUCGUGUUGAAUUCCUUUCUCAGUCAGAAAAGCUUCAAACUGCUGAGAAGUGAAUUCCCCGCGAUCACUGAAAAGAGUCUUUAUCUUCUUACCAUGCACAUUUUCCAACCAAGCACAGAAUUCCUUGAACCUAGGAAAAGCCUCCGAUUUCUGCUUGAGAUUGUAUACAAAAAUAUAUCUAGAAAAUGCAUCAAUGAGAACCAUGAAGUACCUAUUUCCACCCAAAGAGGGUGUCAGUGGUCCAACCAAAUCAGCAUGAACAACCUGGUAUGGUUCUGUAGCUUUCCUACUAGACACCUUACCUUUCGCAGCCAUUUUCACCUUGUUUGCUGCGCAUGCUUUGCACUUCAUGUGGUACCUGCAGGGUUUAAUAGUCAUACCUUCAACCAAGGCAGGCAUUUUAGAUACUGCCUCAAAAUGCAAAUGACCAAAUUUGCGAUGAAAAUCGUGAAUACAUUCUGCAUGCAAACUUUUGUUAGAACCUGAAAUGCAACAAGUGUCAUCCUGCAUCACAUCAUCAUAAUACAAAACAAACAAAUGAUCAACAUAUUCUGCAUGCAAUACAUAAUCAUUUUUCUUUGUGAUGAUGCACUUCUUGUUCUUGAAGGAAACGUCAAUGUUCCGCUCAUUCAGCUGUCCAACGCUGAGCAGAUUAUGUUUGGCGUCUGGCACGUAAAGCACAUUCUGUAUCGAUAAGUCCAAACUGUGAAGAACAACAGUUCCGUAGCCUUUACUGGGAAUAGUGUGGUCAUCCGCCUGGUGAAUCGCACCUUCCUGCGGUGUAAAAGACACAAACAGUUUCUUAUCGUUGCACAUGUGGUGGGUGGCCGCUGAAUCAACAACGAAGAAAGAUCUAGACGUCUUCUGGACCUCUGCAACCUUUGGAGUGAAGCGUGAAACCAUAGCCUUGUGCUGCGUUGUCCUAGACACCGGACCUUUGCCUUUGCCUCGGCCUUUUCCGCGCGAUGAGCUUUUGCUGCGCUGCUCUGUCUUGGCCCUGGGAUGUCUGCAUUCCCUCUUCAUAUGGCCUAGACGUCCACACGAGUGGCAUUUCACUGCCUUCAAAGCUUUGGCGCCAUCUGGUGGUUCCACUGCACUAUGGGAUGACGUCUGUGAAGACUCUCCCUUGCCCAUGCAGCUAGCACCCCGGCGAUCUGCUUCAUUUAAAAUCACGGCAGUAACAAAGUCCACUGUCAGCUGAGCAGUUGGUUGCACAGCAAUCUGGGUUGCAACAGACUCCCAACCUGAACCCAAAGAUUGUAGUAUCAUGAAAGAAUACACAGCCUCUGGAAAGUUGAGUCCUCUCUGUUGCAGCUCAUGUCUCAGAUUUUGCAUCUCCAUCAGAUGUAAACGUACAUCUCCACCUUCAGCAAGAGCCAUAUUAUGCAGCUUGUUAAAAUAAAACAUAGUGGAUCCAGCUUCUGUCCUUAAAUGAGCCUCUUUCAGAGCGUCCCAAAUUUCUCUGGCUGAGGUCUUAUCACGCAAUAGACAGAGCUCUUCUGGGGAUACUAUCAAUGUAAGAGUUCCCUUGCUUUGGAAUCCUUAGCUUCCCAUGCAUCUGUAACUGGAACUGGGGGUUCCUGUAAUCACCUCAAACAAACCCUCUUUCCGCAGAAUUGCCUCUGCAUACUGAACCCAGUCGCUGUAAUUUUUCUUGUUGAGCUUAGGAAUCCCACAAGCAUCCUGAAGGGCCAUCAUGACUCUGGCAUUAGCCUUCAGCGUCAUAUAUUUGCUGCUUUAAUUCUUGCUGCGUCACUGCUGCAGCUGCCUCAUUACAAAGGCACACUUAAAAGUUACUUUCGAUUUCCCCAGCAUAGUGACUUGUGCCUGGGAGCCUUUUGCCUACUCCCGGCAAAACCGGCUUUUAAAAGUUCAAAGUCCAGCCAUAAAGCCAUUAUCUUGAAGCUGGCAGGCUGCCCGGAGCAGUAGCACAUACCUCAUCAAUCACUUCGACGCGCAGAGCAGAUUCCGUUCCGAUCCGUUCCUCUGCAUUCCGAUCCUUUGCCGGCACUCCGAUUCGACCUCCUGGGCCCAUAACCACGUGUUGAUUUAAAGCAGAGUCUUGUGGCCAGCGGAAGGAUGAGGAAAAUGUGUUACAUACUCUAUAUUGCUUUAUUUACAGUUCAAAGCUGGUAUAUUACAGAAAGACAUCUUGCGUCUGCAGGAGCAGAAAAAUGCAUCCUCUCUCCUCCACAGCUCGGAGAGAAUCACACAGAGAAAAAACAGGAAACCAGUGUACGUCACAUCCAGUCUCCCUUUCCCGUGAGAAAACUCCAACAGUACAGACAGUACAGACUGUGGAAUGUAAACACCUGUCUCGUGACAUGCAAAGCUGCACAGUGAAGGAAAGCAGAAACUAACAGAGCUUAGGUGGAGGCUUCGCAGCUUAAACCUGCUCCAACAGAUACUAUUCUCCCACCAGGUUUUGAGGUGGGUGUGUUUCUUACUCCAAAGAAACCCCAGAGUUUUGACCUUUUCUUAGACUGACUGUGCUGCCACUUUAAUCUGUUUGCAUCUGAAUUCACUUUAUUUGUUAGGGGAGGGAGGCACUCCCAGAGUACAGACUCAGGCAGAGAUGCAGUGGGCAGCCUCCUUCAAGAAUAGGUUGCAUUGCUGCACCUCUUCAUUGUUGCAGGCAGGCUGGGCUGUGGGUAGCACCUUGAGGGGAGUUGGGAACCAGAAGCUGUAGAACAAAUCAGAAGCAGUAGAAUGAAGCAAAAAGGCCAAACAGCACCCCAGACUAGGAGCAUCUUCAGCAUCCCCUCAAUUUGCUUUGAUUUUUGAAAGCAUUUAGGUUUUUGAAUUGCAUUUGUAUCCUGUUUCCCAGCUUGGACGCCUGAUUUAUCCCCGUUAUAUAAAAAUGAUCGUUUUACACAGUUGCUCACAAUGGUUUUACAUAGACACUGUUGAAUGAGCACUGGUGAUAUCAAUUUCCCCAUGAAUAAAGGGGGAAGGGGAACGCAUGUUAAAGCAGCCCUUUGGGAAACCAAAGGAGGGAAGACCCCAAUAAUAUGGGUGGGUAGGCAGGGCAGGAGAUAGCUCAGUCAGUUAGAGCAUGAUGCUGAUAGCACCAAGGCUGCAGGUUCAGUCCCCGUAUGGGGCAGCUGAAUAUUCCUGCACUGCAGGACUGGAUGUUCCUCAGGGUUUCUUCCAACUCUACAAAUUAUACGAUACGAUAAUCUUUAUUGUCAUUGUCCCAUACAGAACAACGAAAUUGAAAAAGUCUACAUCAGACAUUCAAAAAUCCACAAGCCUGCUAUCCCAGCCUGGUUAGCCCCUAAAAACUCUGAUACCCCAUAAUUGUAUACAAUAUACUCACAUAAAGACUACCUUACACUGCGUGUAAAACCAAAAUCACAUUUUCUCAGGCGGCUAGUCCUAGUCUUUAUAACCCUGUACCUUCUUCCAGAAGGCAGAAGCUGAAAGAGAUCAUUUCCGGGGUGCGCGCUAUCCUGCACAAUCUCUGCCGCUUUCUUAUGGCACCUGGAAGCAUAGAUUUGAUCCAAGGUGGGAAGAGUGCACCCAAUUAUUCUCUCUGCAGUCUUUACAACCCUGGACAGCAUUGUUUCCCCCCGGACUGUGCAGCUCCCAAACCACACACACAGACCAUAGGUUAAUAGAAGUUAAAGUUAUAGUUAUAUGAUUAAGUGAAAGUUAUAUGAUUCAAAAUGCACAAAAACAGACAUUUUAUUGGUCCAUUAAUGCAACACUUGUCAGCUUUACAGGUGAAGACGAACUGUUUGUUUCAGCUAUCGGGCAGACAUUUGAGCUGAAUGCCUGUGACAGGUGCCCCUCCCCAAAGCCCAUUGCACCCCCAUGCCCAGUUCCUAAGGCAGAUGCCUGCCUCUAAAUCUAGACCUGCUUACUAGGUAAAUUGGUGCUUUGGGGAGGUAUUCAGUAUCACACAGUCUAGGAACACUGCCUUCCAAAGCCAGUAUCCAGGAUAAAUGUCCAACCUGUCCAAUGUGAGGGACACGCCCUGAUUUUGCAGUUGGGUAAAAACAACAACACCCACAUUGACUAUUUAGGAGAUGGUGUCUUCAGUUAACUGGGGGAAAUCUGUCCAUAUGAUUGGCACAUACAACGAUCCAUCAGGUGGACACAUGACAGAAAGGCUAGGUCACUUGCAGCCCAAUCAUAUGCAAUGCUAGGUUUGCAUGAGCCCAUUGUUUAUAAUAGGCAUAGGGGUCCCUUAUUUUGCACAGGAUAAAGCUGUUUGGGUGAAAUCCUAAGAACACAACUGAGAGUAAGGUCAGGUUCUCUGGGAUCAAUGGAUUGAGUAAGCAAGCCCAGGAUCCAGCAGUUCAUGCCUGAUUUUGGGUCACCAUUGUGCAUGAUCAUUAUAGCACUCAUGUCUUUGGGGCUCUCUUUGCGCUUUCAAUGGGUUGGUGCCGAGAUCUGGUGGUGUGAACGUGAAGCCAGGCAAGAAACCGGAGGCUGAUAAGCUUAUGGCACCACCCAAGGUCACUGCAAACCUGCUGGCGGUGGGCAGCUUAGCCAGGGAUAUUUAAAACCUUGCCUCCUAAGCUGCCAACACGGCCGUCUUGAGCUGACGUCAGUGAAAAGGAUCAUAUCCAAAGUCGGGCAAGAUCCAGCGCAGGACUUUGUGUGUGUGUGUGUGUGUUGCUGUAUUACAGAGAGAAGGGUGUGAAGCCCAACCAGUAGAGGGCGCUCUUCCUCUUUGGAAGGACUUGGGUGUAUCUUCUUCCAUUUUUCAAGAAAGGAAGCUAUUUGGUUGGGUGUGACCAAUUCAACUCUUUCAAAAGAAAGGAAGAAAAUACUUAUUGUUGGUGUUGCUCUUGGAGCCCUUCCAUAAGGCCUGUUUAUUGAGCCUGAUUUGCUUGCACAAAGCAUAUGUGGAAGGGUUGACUACCGGUAUGUCUGGUCUUUACUGAGCAUGCCUUCUGCCUAGUUCCCAGGGAGGUUAUACAGCAGUGAACAUUCACUCUGAUUUGCUUGCACUGUGCUGAUAAAGUCUGCUUGCUAAUGAUUUGUUCAUCCUACACUUUUCAGUGCAUUUCCCCAUCAGCUUCCUAACCGGAAAGAUCUUCUGCGUUAUGGUGUUUUCAUCCGCUUCAGUCGUGCAAAAGCUAAAUUUCCAGUAUGCCCUCGAAUCCUCCCCUAGCAGUCUGGAGGUGGCUUUGCUGCGUUUUCAUUUAUUUUUAUAUUCGUUGUUGCUGCUGCUUUUAUAUUUUGUUAAUUUCUUUUUUUCGUAAUGGCUGUAUCAUCCUUGCAUUUAUGUGUGCUUUGAUAGCUGAAAGCUGCUUUGAGGAGGGGAAGAGUGGAGUACAAUUCCAGCAAAGCAAGGAAGCCAUUUUUCCGUGUGUGUGUUUUUAAAAAACAAACAACAACAACAACAAAAAACGACAACAACCAAACCCUUGGAGCAACCUGGAUCCACAACUCCUUCUCCCCUUCCAUGCUAUAGCCGCAUUCCCUCCCAGGCAGCAGCAAGAGGGGGAAGACAGAGAAUCUCCCUCCAAAAUGCCCAGAUCAGCACUUUGAUUUGGGCCUGGAAACUGAUUGGUAGCCAAUUGGUGUCAUGGGCUCAGUUAUAGCUGGGUGGCAAACCCAGGAGCUCAGGGCUGGGUAUGCUUUUCUCCCCUCCCCCCUUUUAUAUUGGAAACAGCCCUGCGAGGUAAAGGUAAAGAGCAGCGCACAGAAAAGGUAAACGGCAUUUCUGUGCGCUGCUCUGGUUGGCCAGAAGCGGCUUAGUCAUGCUGGCCCCAUGACCAGGAAGCUGUAUGUAUGCUGGCUCCGUCGGCCAAUAAAGCGAGAUGAGUUGGUUCAGGUUCCCUCGGCCAAUAAAGCGAGAUGAGAACCUGAACCAACUCAUCUCGCUUUAUUGGCCGAGGGAGCCGGCGUACAGCUUCCUGGUCAUGUGGCCAGCAUGACUAAGCCGCUUCUGGCGAACCAGAGCAGCGCACAGAAAUGCCGUUUACCUUCCCGCCAGAGCGGUACCUAUUUAUCUACUUGCACUGCAUGCUUUCGAACUGCUAGGUUGGCAGGUAGGCUAGGCUAAAUUAAUAUAUGUACAUAAGCAGCAGUUAUUGAAAUGAAAUCAUGUAGCACAGGAGUGCCCUAUAAAAUCAGAUCAAGGGGCGUGUGAUGGAGGGAUGCUGGGUCCCCCAAAGUAUUUCUCAGAGAGUAAGGAAGGAUGGCGUUGCCAGCUGGCCAGAAAACAAUAUUCUCUUUUUUAAGAGGGAGGGUUGAAGCCAGUAUGUCGCCGCCCGAAGCUUGUCACCUAAACACCAUCCCCCCCCCCCCGACGAGGAGUGCUGUUGUAAUUCAAGCAAUAUAUAUGGUUUAAUGUCAGGCGAAUUGCACCCAAAUGCUAUGGGGUGUUUCCAGCGCUGUGUUUGUGCGCGCAUGUGAUUUCAGGAGUCUUUUUUGGUAUGUGAUAAUAGCACAUCUUCCUGAGCAUUUUGGGUGUUGAUGCACGAUGUGCUUUAGUCACCGUUUGAAGAAAUGGCAGUCUUUCAGAAUUUUAUUUUUUUCUGAGGCAGAUUGAGUUGUCUGUUAAAGACACAGUGAAAAGGGCUUUUUAUAUUUUAAAAAUAGUGACCCUAAGGAGGCAGUCUGAAAUGCUGCCCUCGGGAAGGGCUCCGAUGUGUAGAAAUGUAGCAGGCAAAGAUUUUCCUGACAAGUUGGUGGGAAACUAGUCACUAGCCAAAUUGUUUCUGUACGCUGAGAUCCUGUUAAAGGUGUAAUCCAGGUGGUUGCCUUGCUUGUGGGAUCAUAUUAGGGGGCGAGCUAAGAGGAAACGAGCCAUUCCUAGCAACAGCUGCCCCCAGUGUCGGAACUCUGGCAUAGCCUAUCAGAUUUCUAUAUCAUUUCUUCAACCAAUGAGCUUUGUAUUGUUACAACAGUCCUGUGAGGGAGGCCAGGCUUAAUAUCUGGCCCAAGGUCACUCGGCAACUCUGUGCCAAGGAUUUUCGCUCAAAUGCUCUCACCGCUACAUGACAAAUGACAGUCACUUGUAGUUUCUGGCUGGAUUAGGUUGAACAGUUUUAAAUAAGUUUUCGUGGAAAAGUGGGGUGUUCGGUGCUCCUGUGAUGUGGGGAGAAAUGUAGGGGGGAAGCUCUGAGGAAAUCCAGAACCCUCUUCCUUCUAACCACUGCCACUACUCUCGACUCUUAAAGAAUUCAGCACACAGGUCCAUGACACAAAUUUGGGGGCAAAAUAAGAUGGUGUGUGCCUGGAGUCACACUAGCACAACUAGGGCUUGUGUGCACACCAUGCGUUUAAAGCAAUUGGCUUCUGCCAAAUAACCCUGGGAACUGUAGUUUGCUGCUCACAGAACUACAAUUCUGAGCACCCUUUAACAAACUACAAUUCCCAGGAGUCCUUAGGGGAAGCCAUGUGCUUUCAGAUGUAAGGUGUGUACGCAGCCACUUUGCAGCAUGCCAGCAGAGGGUUUAAAAAAUAAAAAAUAAAAAUGGGUGGGGGAGGGAGCAGAGAUCUGGGGCCUGACACAUAGGACCCGGAGCUCAGGACCCCUGGGUCACAACCUCACAAUGCCACCUAUUUGCAAUUUUAGCCAAAUUAUGAUCCAUAGUCUCCUGUAACUAGGGGGCUUGGGAAUUGUUUUAAGAAUCCCUCCUUGCUAAGAUAUGGACUCUGCAUGUACACCAUACAUUUAAAGCACAUUCCGCCACCGCCACCUCAAAGAACGCUGGGAGCUGUAUUUUGUUAAAUGCGCUGCUGGGAAUUGUAGCUCUGUGAGGGGCAAACGACGUCUUCCAGGAUUAUCCAGAAGCGGGUGGGAUGUGCUUUGAACAUACAGAAUAGGUGCGCAAUGUCAGGCGCAUAUUUGUACUCACUAACACUGGUUGGCUUACGGAUCUGACGGAGUCUGCUUGUGCAGGAGAGGGCAGGGAGGAACGAGGGACUGAGGGGAAGGGACAAUACAAGGGGGCUCAGAAAGAAGGCCUUUCUGUCGCCUCCGUUGCUAAGGGAAAGGAGUUGUUCUCGGGCCUGGUGCCGAGAUUGAGCUCAGAGCCCAUCUGCACCAGCUCUGAUGGGAACAGCUUCUGCGUGGGCAUCCGCCGCCUCCCCACCAGGCUGACGAGACAGUGUGUAAGAGCGGGAAGGGGGUGGUGAUGGACGAGGACUUGGGGGUGCUCCAAGCCCCUCUGAAAUCUUUGGCAGGGAGGGACCUUCCCCACGUCUGAGCCCACCCUCUCUGCUCUCAGGUCAGUCUGGCCCUACUGCCUGCAUCUACGCAGUCACCUGACGCAGUUCCUUACAAGGAUAGCUAUCCCAUUUCUGCUGCUCCUGUCAAGUCCAUAUGCAGCUCCCUGUCAUCCAAAACAAUCCUCCUGCUUUCCUAGGAUAGGACUGCCACACUUUUCUCCCUUUUCUGCUCUCUGCCUUACAGCUUUGGUGUGUUGAGCUCGAAGAAGCCAGGGGUCGGAGGACCAGCCAGAGGACUGCAUUCCCUUCAGGGCAGCCUUCUGAGGGCCGCGUGUCUGUGGUGGGCGGGGCCAGAGGCAAAUGUGGGUGGAGCCAUGGAUUUAAAUUUUACCUUUGCCCAGGAGGCCAGUUUGUACACAUGCUCACACAUCCGUAUCCUGCAUGUGGGCAGGCCAGAGGCACCAUCAGAGCUCAGAUACACAUUCUAGCCAAUCAGAAACAUUUGUGGGAGCAAAGGAAGGCCAGAGAAGGGCGUGGCCUGGGGAGAUUUCUGAGGGCCAGGUAGAGGGGCUUGGAGGGCCACACUUUUCCCCAGGCAAGUCAACCCACAGAUUCUGCACUGGACCCAAACUAACCUCAUUAGUCUGCAAGGCUUCCUAAGUCGCCAUCUCAAAACUUGUAAUCUAUUGCCAGUGGGCCUUUCGCCAUGGCAGGAGGCCUUCCUCACCCUCUUUCCCCCUUCCUCCACCCACUUUUCUUCAUUUAACACUGAAAAUUGAAGAGUUCUGUGAAACUCUAAAGUGAGUGAGUUAUGAUUGGCAAGAGGGACUCCGGAUGCCAGCUGGGCCACCGAAUGAAGCUCAUUUUCAGAGGCAGCCCCACAGAAGGCAUGUUAGUGUUACUGGCAGAGGAACGGGAGUGUGGAAGGAGCAGACCGUCCCCCAGCCCCACUAUUCCAGUAGGGUGCCAUUGCGGCAGCCCCCCUGGACACACGCUGUGCACCCCCGCGCGCACACCGGGUACCACGCCCCCACAGGUGGCACACCAUGCCCCCAGAGCGCGUUCCAUGCCACCCAGGGUGCCAGCCACGCCCACGCCUGCUCUCCGCCCCUGGUAGCGGAGCAUGCAGCUUCGCCACUGGUUAGCGUGAAGGAUGGGGGAGAGUUCAGAUUCAGAUCACAUUUAAAGGUGAACCUUCCUCACACACACUUUCUGAAGCGAUACAUGGAAUGGAACGAUAUCGUCCUGUGAAAUUUGCGCUUCUCUGAACUUUGCAAGGCAGUUCUCCAGCCAAGCAAAUGUAUGCAAAAAUGCAUAUGUGUAAAAUGUGUGCAUAAGAGUAAAAAAGUUAUAGUGAUCAAAGUGUGCUAAAAUGCAUUAUCUUAAGGGAAAUCGCUUUGCAACAGGGUGCAUUUGAGGCAAAGCUGCAUUAAAAUGUGUGCUUUAAGAGAAAUUCACACUAAAAUGCUGGUGAAUUUUCAUGAGGACUUAAAAUAUAUAUAUAUCACAAAACUGAUGUGGAAAUGUGAAGAACUGGAGAACCACAAUGGCGUUGUAUUUAGAGUGUUGGAUUAGGACCUGGCAGACCAGGGUUCAAAUCCCCAGUAGGCCAUGAGGCUAACUGGGUGGCUUUGGGUCAGUCACUGCCUCUCUCUGCCUCACCUACCUCACAGGGUUGCUGUGUGAAUUAAUUGAGGAGGGGGGAAAGAACCAUGUGCAGUGGUACCUCGGGUUAAGAACUUAAUUCGUUCCGGAGGUCCGUUCUUAACCUGAAACUGUUCUUAACCUGAGGUACCACUUGAGCUAAUGGGGCCUCCCACUGCUGCCGCGCGAUUUCUGUUCUCAUCCUGAGGUAAAGUUCUUAACCUGAGGUACUAUUUCUGGUUAGCGGAGUGUGAAACCUGAAGUGUCUGUAACCUGAAGCGUCUGUAACCUGAAGCGUCUGUAACCCGAGGUACCACUGUACACCACCUUGAGUUUGUUAGAGGAAAAGGUGGGAUAUGAAUGCAAUGGAUGGAUGGAUGGAUGGAUGGAUGAUUUAAGAAUGGAAAUUUGGGAAACUGAGAAAAAGCAAAAUGAUCAGAUCCACCAAUCCCAAGUUAACAGUCAACAGUCAACACAGACCAGGGUAUGCGUGAUGUGUUUUCCAUGUUCUAGAGCAUGUAUGCAAAGCACUGCCCGAAAGAGAUCUUGCCACAACUGCAGAUGCAGCAUCAUCACAUCAAUUCUGCCUCUCCUUCCCCCCACUUUUCUUUGGCAGCAUUUUAUGUCAUAGACAGGUUGGACACAGAGGGAUGGUGGGAGGAACCAGCUGGGGAAUCCCCAAGGAAGAAGGCUCAGAGUCCAGGGAGUGGUGGUGGUGGGACAACAAUGGGUGGUCAGCGGUAGAAGAGGGAGAAGACUGGGAGGAGGAGGUGUCAGAAGCUGAAGGGGUAACAGGUUUAGUGAGCAGGAAGAGGCAGUGGCAGAGAGCAGUCCAGAAUAAGAGGCAGAAGCUAAAGUUUGUGAGUGGGAGGAAGAUGGCCAAGAGGCAGAGGUGGGUCUGGCUGCUGCUGCAAGCUCCCCUUCCACCCUGUCUCACAGAACCAUGAGAUACAUGAAAAGAGCAGAGCAGAGAUUGGCUGCAUGCAGGCACAGUCUCUGAUUGCUUGGAGAAAGCCCUGGAGAGUAGGAGACAUAGACGGCUGUGGGGAGGUGGGGGCCUUUAGUCUCGGAAACUGAUUCCGUGGAGUAAAACCACCAAGAAUGAGAUGCCGUGCUCAUUAGGCCUGACACCCAGCCAAGUCUGUGGAGAUUGUGUUUUUGCUAAUAAAGAGUUAAUGCCAACUUUGCGCAGUGUGAUUUACAGACUGGCUCGCUCUGUGAUACUUUAGGUGCUUCGUAAACAGAGAAGUGAGAGCAGAAGAGGGGGAGACAUUAAUGAAAAUGAAGGAACUGAGAGCUGUGGCAAAGAGGGCAUCUUCCAGCUUCAGAAUUAGUUUAGAAAAUUGUCCCAGUUCAACCCGCAUUCUGGAGGGCAGGGCGGAGAGUGCGUCCCCAGGGCCAUCCCCAAAUAAUGUGCUCCCUGAAGCAGGGCAUCAAACAGGAGGACUCUCCUGCUGAGAGCCUGAGGGUCCCGUUCCUGCCUCUCUCCGCCUGGCCCAGGGCAGCGCCUGACAGGCUUCAUAAGGACUGCUGCUGCAGUUGUUGCUUAGCAAGGGCUGGGGUAUUUGGGGGGAAGCUUUGUUGGGAGGUUUUGCUGUUACUGAUAUUAACUUAUAUUACUGAUAACUUUUUGUAUCUUUAUUUUUAUGUGGCAAUUCUUCAGUUUGGUUAUGUAGUUUUUAAUGUGUUUUAUUUAUUUUUAUGACUAUUUUGCUAUGUUUGUAAUUAUGUAAAUCUUUUCAUAUUGUAAGCCACCUUGAGCAUUGUUUUAACUGUGGAAAGGUGGCAUACAAAUAAUAAUAAUAAUAAUAAUAAUAAUAAUAAUAAUAAUAAUAAUAAUUUAUUUAUACCCCGCCCAUCUGGCUGGGUUUCCCCAGCUACUCUGGGCAGCUUCCAACAGAACACUAAAAUACAAUAACCUAUUAAACAUUAAAAGCUUCCCUAAACAGGGUUGCCUUCAGAUGUCUUCUAAAAGUUUGGUAGUUAUUUUUCUCUUUGACAUCUGGUGGGAGGGCAUUCCACAGGGCGGGUGCCACUACCGAGAAGGCCUGGUUCUCUGUAACUUGGCUUCUCACAGUGAGGGAACCACCAGAAGGCCCUUGGCACUGGACCUCAGUGUCCGGGCAGAACGAUGGAGGUGGAGACGCUCCUUCCUGAUGUUGAUGUUGAUGCCCCCUUUCUCACCUGAAGGCAAGGUGCAGAGUGGCCAAAGCCAGCCAGGUAAUUUUGGCAUCUGAGGCAGAAAAUCCCACAAGUAGGGAUGGAGGAGAAAUUUGAUUCAGUUCGCGUUGAAAGGCAUACCUACCGAAUUCUCGCUUUCCAAAAGAAUACACCAACCAUAAGAGCGAUCUUUAGAAAUUUGGACUUCUCCAGGUUGUACUAUUUGGUUUUCUAGCCAAUUGAUGUAUACAAAAAUUCAUAACUUGGGGUAAAGUGUACACAUACUUGUGAAAAUAUAGUGGAAAGUAUUGCUUUGCAAAACUGCAUACAGAAAUGGGGGUAUUAGGAGAAAUCCACACCAAAAUGCUGGUGGGUUUUGGGGAGAACUUUAAAAACAUAAGACAAAGAGACCACAAGCCAAUGCAGACAUGUGGAAAACUGAAUUUAAGAUUGGAAAAAAUGAGAAACCAAAACUUCCCAGUUCACCCAUUCUUUCCCACAAGUACCUCCUUCCCCUCCCUGGCAGAAAAAAUACAACAAUAACCACUUAACUGACAACUUGCUGCCCUUUCAUGACCGCCUGAGGCAGCUGCCUUCCUUUCCCCAAUGGUAGAGACAUCCCUGAUAUCAAUAAAGGAGUGGAAAGAAGGCAAUGAGGCAGAAUCUGCUCACCUCAUGGGAACAGAUUUGAACCAUUGCUUUUUCUGGGUCGUCAACUUUAGGUCCUACCCAUCCCUUCAAGCCUUCCUCUUAUCUCUGACUUCUAGGAUCCUUGAUAAGAAACAGGCAGGUGGGGAGACCAUCGAGCUGACUGAAGAGGGCCGGCCUGUUGAGGUGACCGAGAAGCACCCGCCCAUCGUCGACUGCACCUGCUUUGGCCUCCCUCGCCGCUACAUCAUCGCAAUCCUCUGCGGCCUGGGCUUCUGCAUCAGCUUCGGCAUCCGCUGCAACCUGGGCGUGGCCAUUGUCAGCAUGGUCAACAACAACACCGUCUACGAAGGGGACAAACUCGUUGUGAAGGUGAGACUGUCCUCCCUCUGGAGAAGGGGUGGGCUUUUUUUUCUGUUGAGGGCCAAGGGACACAGGAGGCACUGUGGUCUAAACCACUGAGCCUCUUGGGCUUGUCGAUCGGAAGGUCGGCGGUUCAAAUCCCCGCCACAGGGUGAGCUCCUUUUGCUCUGUCCCAACUUCUGCUAACCUAGCAGUUCGAAAGCACGAAGUGCAAGUAGAUAAAUAGGUACCACUCCGGCGGGAAGGUAAACGGCAUUUCCAUGUGCUCUGGUUUGCGUCACGGUGUCCCGUUGCACCAGAAGCGGUUUAGUCAUGCUGGCCACAUGACCCAAAAAGCUGUCUGUGGACAAACACCGGUUCCCUCAGCCUAAAAGCGAAAUGAGCGCCGCAACCCCAUAGUCUCCUUUGACUGGACUUAACCAUCCAGGGGUCCUUUACCUUUACCUUUAAUCCAUUGGAGGCCACAGGGCAGUGCUGGGUGGAGCCAGAACUGAUUAUGGGCAGAGCCAGAGACAAAAGUGUUCUUGAAUAACUAAACCAGAAUGAAGUUUUUCACCAUGCCUAAUGAGAUCAGCACCCCCAAUCCUGCGCAGGUCUACUCAGAGAUAAGCACCUCUGGAUUUUUUUUACUAUUGCUUCACACAUUCCAGAGCCCUGUUUCCCAGGGUCGGUUUUCUAUAACAGAUGUGGGGACCUCUUGGCCCUCCAGAUGUUGCUGAACUACAACCCCCAUCAGCCCCAGCAAGCAUGGUCGAUGGCUAGGGAUGCUGGGAGUUGUAGUUCAGCAGCAUCUAGAGGGCCACUAGUUCCCCACACCUGGACUAGGAUGACCUUCCAACUCUAUGAUUCUAUGGUUGGAUACACAACAUACACUUAAAGCACAAGUUUCCUCCCAAAGAAUUAUGGGAAAUGUAGUUCACUCCUGACAGAGCUACAAUGCAGAGUACCAUUAACAUAAACUACAGUUCCCAGGAUUCUUGGUUGGAGGGGGAGCCAUGAGCAUUGAAUGGAUGGUGUGACUGUGACCAAAGUCCUGCUGCUGGCUGUAAUCAGGAACCGAAUCUUUCCUCUAUUCUUCUCACCACUUUAGAAAGCAGAGUUCAACUGGGAUCCUGAGACAGUAGGCAUGAUUCAUGGAUCCUUCUUCUGGGGUUACAUUGUCACCCAGAUCCCAGGAGGGUUCAUAGCACAGAAAUUUGCUGCUAACAGGUAAGAUGCAGGUAGGGUAUUGUUUUAGUGUGUGUAUGUGGAAAUCAAAGAGGGGGAACAUGCAGAUUUUGGCUCACAUCUGGUGAUCUCAUUCUUUAGAACAGGAAUAGACAGAUACCUUGGUCCAUUUGGGUUAGCUCACUAUCUGGUGAAAGAUGAAGAUCAUGAAAAUUGACUGUACCUUUGUAUAAACCAGAUUAUCACUACAGCAAAAAUUUGGUAUUUUGUGUCUUUUUUAAAAAGUUUUUGGUUCUUUUCAAGUAAACUUUAGUUGAUAAUUUAAGAAGUAAGUUUAGCGUGCAAGAAAUUUGCAGGCAUGAGGAGCAGCACUGAUCCCACAAUAAACACCUAUCUCGAAACCCACAGGCGUACAUAGACCCUCGCUAGAGAAAGCGGAGGUUGCUUAUGGUGUUUCCUAGGCCUGUCCUCUCACUGUGCAGGUCUCUAGUCUCUACAGCACUUGUGUAUAUAUUAUCCUGCGGGAAGAGGCAGGGAGCUGUUCAGAGCAAUUGGCUGACCAUCAGAAUGUGGAUGUGGGACAUGGAUUCAAAUCCUCCUUCAGCCAUGAAAGCCGCUGGUGAUUAGGGUCAUUGAUUCCCUUAUCACUUCACAGGCUCAUGUGGAACAAAAAACCCCUGUAAAUAUCAAAAGAAUAAUGAUGAGAGGGAAAGCAAACGGGCCGGGCUUUCUUUUUCUUACAGCUUUUCUUAACACCUGCCUUUCGGUCCACAGGGUUUUUGGCUUUGCCAUUGUGGCGACAUCAACCCUGAACAUGCUCAUUCCAUCGGCUGCAAGGGUCCACUUUGGCUGCGUGAUCUUCGUGCGGAUCCUGCAAGGCCUUGUGGAGGUAAGGCCCGCACCCCUAAUCUCUGCGCUUUCGCACCGCCCCGUAAUAUCGACCUCUCCACCUUCCUCUCCGAAGCCUCAGCUCCCUUCCCUCAGAGCACCGUCACUGUCUUUGGGGCGCUUAGCCCUCUAGUAAAGAACGGAGCCAAGGUGGGACAGAGUUUUGGGUCGGAAGCAGAGCUUGUUCCUUGGGCCUGCCUCUUCUUUCUCUCUCUCCAGUGGAAAGGUAGCUCUGAUCUCUAUGUAACUCUCUGUGCCCUCCACCUCCAGGGGGUCACCUACCCAGCAUGCCACGGUAUCUGGAGCAAAUGGGCACCCCCCCUGGAACGCAGCCGCCUGGCGACAACAGCCUUCUGUGGUAAGGUAACAUGUUCACCGACCAUCGAAGUUAAAUGGGCGGGGAGGGCCUCCCAUGCAACAAAACCAUGGUUGCCCCCUUGAACCUGAUGUCCUUUGGCUUCUGGCUUGUUGAAACUUCUUAAGCGGAAGCCUAGAAGGCCUGUCCCAAAGUCUAGAUCAAAACGCAUCACAUCCUGGUUUGGUUUUACAUGUUGGAAGAGCUCUUGGUGAGUGACUCACUUUAGCAUAACUCACUAGUAAGUUGCUUUCGCACGAGGACUGCUUCGCUUCUGAGGAAUUGAAACAGUGGUUCCAUACAGAGUUUAACAUAAGGCCACGUUGUCUAGCAAUUCCUAACUCCACAGCCUUCUGUAGUGUUUAUUCAGAAGGAAUAAAUUCCCAGUUAGCAAAGGUCCCUCUCAACUUUCGCAGUUUGCCCCGUUGCAAAUUCUGUCCCUCUUACUGUUCUUGCUUAGCAGGAAACAGCACUGCUGGUGGGUAACUGACGAAUUGCCCCCGAAUUGCCCCAUUAUUUGACAGUUCCUGUUCCGCAAGGAGAGGGUGUUGAACACUGCUUUCCUCUUGUCCCCCCCGUUUUUUCUUCCUUUUUCAUAGCUAUAACAAAGGAUGGCAGCUAGUCAUGGAACGGCGAGUGUGGGAGCAACCUCAGAGGGGUAGCGAGUGCUGCUGGGAGUCAGGCAGUAAAGGCUGGUGCUGUCAGGCAAAUGGGGCACUGCCCCACCAAGCUCAGCUUGCCCUCAGCCAGACCCCACGCCUGGCUGCCUUCUUACUUACAGCCAGCUGGUCACCCUGACUUCUGCCUGCCAGUCCCAAUGGGCACCAGUCCCCACUGGAGUUAGGAAUCUCAGCUUGUAUCCCUGGCUAACCUUUUCCCUCUGCCUUUACAGGCUCUUACGCAGGGGCUGUGGUGGCCAUGCCUCUCGCGGGGAUCCUAGUGCAGUAUUCCGGGUGGAGCUCAGUAUUCUACGUCUACGGUAAGCCAGCCAAGAGGCCAUGCCAAGAAGAGUGGAAGAAAUUUAGAGACUAUUUAGCUAAAUAUUGUAACAUACGAUAAGUAGAAGUUACUUGAAAGGACCAAAUGGGCCUAGGACUAGAGUGAAUUGUAAAAUAUUAUGGAUUUGGAUAAUUAUGAAAAGAGAAGAAGAUUGUAAACGAAAGGUGUUAAUUUGAUUAGAAAGAGGAUAUUGGAAAGAUGUUAAAAAGUGAUUCAAUGAAAUUCGGUAAGGAGGGAUUCGAGGAAGUCAGUUAACAAUGAAAACUAAAUUAGGCCUUAAAGUAUUAGGUAUUUAUAUGUUUGUUUUUGUUGCUUUUUGUUUUAGUAUUGUAAUGUUUUUUUCUUUAUUUGUGUGCCUUAUUUGUUAUAAAUUUGGAAAAUUAAUUAAAAAAUUUGGAGGGGGGGAAAAGAGGCCAACUCUUUGGCUACCAUUCCUUCUCGGUUGCCUAAACCUCGUUGCAUCAGAUUGUAGGUCCCUUCCCUCCAACCGCUUCUGCAAUUCUGUUCCUUGGCAGGCAGCUUUGGUAUCUUCUGGUAUAUGUUCUGGCUGCUGGUUUCCUACGAGAGUCCUGCACAGCACCCAACCAUCACCGAGGAAGAGAGGAAAUACAUAGAAGAAAGCAUUGGAGAAAGUGCCAGUCUUAUGAAUCCCCUUCUGGUCAGUGCCUUGCAUUGCUCUCUUGCCAUUCAUAUGGCGCCAUCAAGGUGCACGGAGCCUUAACAGAGUGUGACGUAGUGGCUAGAGUCCCGGACUACGACACCGGGAAUCCAGGGUUCGAAUCCCCCCUUGGCUGCGAAGCCUGGUUACUGCCUCUCGGGCUAACCUACCUCACAGGGUUCUUGUGAGGAUAAUAUGGGGAGGAGGGGAGAUCCAUGUGCGCUACCUUGAGCUCAUAGGAUGAAGCGUUGAAAAGUGAAAAGAAGAAAGAAGGCAGGAGGUCAAAAAGACAGGUCCCAAGCUACAGAGUUCCCUGGGAAGAGGGGUUGACUGCUAAACCACUCUGAGAAUGGCACCUGUGUGAGGGGAAUAGGGGUCUCCUAGAAACUCUCGGCACCCUUAACAAACUACAGUUCCCAGGAUUCUUUGGGUGAAGCCUCAUUGUUCAAAGUGGUAGAAUACUGCUUCAAAUGCCGAGUGCAUAUGGGGCCUAGUGGUGGUAUCAGGCGGGUGUCCUGGGAGGCAGCUCCAAGCAUACUGGGCUGCAGGGCAGGUUCAUAUGAGGAGGGGAAAGAGACAUUUGGACAGGUGAGGGUGGUGAAGGUGGAGGAACAAAGACCAUGGGCAAGGAUAUGAGAGAGCAGAGAGAGAGAAACUGUGCACACAUCAUGCAUUUAUAGCACAACUUCCCCCAAAGAAUCCUGGGAACUGUAGUUUAAGGGUGCUGAGAGUUAUAGCUCUGUGAGUGGGAAACUACAGCUCCCAGGAUUUGGGGAGCAGGGAAGCAUAUGCUUUAAAUGUAUGGUGGUGAGGCGGCAGGUGUUGAAGAUCUCUCUGCAGUAGGGAAGUUCUCAGCACCUUCAUGGGGCACCAUUUUUGAGGAGGCAAGUGGCCUCUGAAGUCCUGCGACAGCACUGCGGUGGGGAUAUGCGAGGAUGUGAGGCAACUCCGUUAAUGUUUUCAUCUCUCUCUCUCUCUUCUCCCCACCUCUUGGCAGAAAUUCAAAGCGCCCUGGCGCAAGUUCUUCACUUCCAUGCCUGUCUACGCCAUUAUUGUGGCCAACUUCUGCCGGAGCUGGACCUUCUAUUUGCUCUUAAUUAGCCAGCCGGCCUAUUUUGAAGAAGUCUUUGGCUUUGAAAUCAGCAAGGUGAGAAAAAUUGCCCUUGGUUUGAGGUGUGUGUGUGCCCGCGCUCUUGCACGUGUCGGGGCAAGAAAUUGGAGACUUUUCCAUAAGUUCUCUUCGCUGUUUUUAAUACUGAAUUUGAAAUUGUUCUAACUCGGUCUUGGGACCUACCGGUGAAGAGUGGUGAAUAUUGCUGUCGUCAUUAAUUAAUUAGCAGAGGGUGUUUCAUUCUGUGCUGAUAAGAGAAAGAAAAGAUGCCCCUAGCCACGUGCCAAUUGUUCUUCCAUCGUAUGCUGGGGCAAGGCCGAGCAGGAAUGCACUCUGAGAGAAAACAGGUUCAAAAAUCCAAAACAAAGACACAGAGAGAGAGAAGGAACCAAGAUGUUCUGUUUUUUUAAUUCUAUGGCUCUAUGUGCAGUAUAGACUUUUUAUUUUUUUUAAAAAAAAGAAGAAAAAUAUAAAACUUCAGAAAUUAGCAGGAUCAAAUUUCAGGAUUCCAAAACAUACAUCUACACAGCCGCAGCACAUGGGCAGGGUGUGUGUGUGUGGUUGGAGUGGCAAUGGCACCCUCUCACUGGCAAUGGCACUUGUAAGGAGAGGAUUGGGGUAACGUGAGGCUUCAGCAAGACCAGGGGCGCUUUGAAUCGACAUCGGCAGCCCUGCAGGCGCACUUGAGUGGCCACUACCAGCCCAGAGCUCCUCUGACCUCAUCACACCUCGCCUUGUCUCCUCCCGCUCCGUCACUCUGCACCCUCACCUGCCACCGCUGCUCCUGCCACAACUUCUACUAGGUAGCAGUCGAUGAUGGCGAAGAGGACUACUGGAAUUGGGUUUGAAGUUAUAUAAUGUUUUCAACAUGGGUGUUCAUGGAAGGGCAGUUCCCCCACCACCAGGAACUAUAAUCCCAAGAUUCCAGGCUUUCAUUUUUGUUUUUAAAGAGAGCACGGGUUAAAUCCAAUAGGUGGCUGGCAACUAAAUUUCACUCAGACUAGACCCAUUGAAAUUAACGGGCCUGACUUAGCCAUGUUCAUUCAUUUCAGUGGGUCUGCUUUGAGUAAAAUGUAUUUAAACACCACCCAAUGUUAUCAAACUAAUUUCUCACCAGAAAAGCGAGAAGAAAGGUACAGUGGUACCUCGGGUUAAGAACUUAAUUCGUUCUGGAGGUUUGUUCUUAACCUGAAACUGUUCUUAACUUGAGGUACCACUUUAGCUAAUGGGGCUUCCCACUGCUGCCGUGCCACCACUGUGCGGUUUCUGUUCUCAUCCUGAAGCAAAGUUCUUAACCUAAGGUAAUAUUUCUGGGUUAGUGGAGUCUGUAACCUGAAGCAUCUGUAACCUGAAGCAUCUGUAACCCGAGGUACCACUGUACCUGCACAUUUUGUCUUGUCCAUCAGUUUUACACAACUUAAGAGUUGUCUUCAGCUGAACCCACUGAAAUUCAUGGUCAUGGCAAUAUUAGUUUCAGUGGGUCUACUCUGAGUAAGACUUCAGUUGGAUAAAACGCUUAAGUUUGCAGAACCUGCUACAUGAGACAAAAUGUAUAGGUACUAUUCUCAUUUGUGUGUGUGAGAAAUAAGCCUUAUCCUGCCCUUCCAGUGUUCUACUUGGACACACACACAUACACUGCCCUUCUCCCCACUUGAAAAAUAUCCUGUGGGUGCCCUUGGUCAUAAACGUAAUGUUCAAAAGAAAGAAGACCCCACACGACAGCUGGAUUUUCUUAACUGUUUUUAAACAUCCUUUUUGUCCCUUCCUGUGCAGGUGGGCAUGCUUUCCGCUUUGCCUCACCUGGUCAUGACGAUCAUCGUGCCCAUUGGGGGCCAAAUCGCCGACUACCUGCGGACGCGGAGGAUCAUGUCUACCACAAACGUCCGCAAGAUGAUGAACUGUGGGGGUGAGAGAGAAAGGCAUUGUUGGAGAAAAGGCUCAGGGAGGAGGGUUAAGGCUUGGCUGAGAGAUACCUGGACUCCAGUAAGGGGCCGGUGGCUGGCUUGGCAGUGGGAAAGGUUUCUGGAGAAAAGUGCCCAGGCCAGGAGUAGGGGACCUGCUGCCCUCCAGAACCUGCUGCUGGACUCCAACUCAAAUCUGCCCACAACUAGCAUGGCAAAUAUCCAGGGAUGAUGGAAGUUGGAGCCCAGCAGCAUCUAGGCAGUACUGAGAGUGCCACAAUCAUAGCUGCCAAGCGUCCCUUAUUUGGUGGGACAGUCCCUUAUCCCAGCGCCGUGUCCCGCUGCUGUCCCUUAUUGAUGACGUCCCUUAAAUUUCCCAGGUUUCAAAGGAAGCAGCUCCUCUCCCCCCCUCCCUGCCGGCCAGGGAGGAGGGAGGCUCCAACUGUGUUGCUUGACUGUGUUGCUCACCCAAUAAGAAGUCUAAGAACGACUGGGGGGUGGAGCUUGCAUGCCUUGUGCUGAUUAAAUUGGCUGCGUUGCCUGGGGACUCGCCUUUGCUCAGCGCUUCCCAGCGGAGAGGUGACGGUAGUUUUCCUUGAGGCUUGAGGCUUCGUUUGACUGCUGGCUGGGCUUUCUGCCUUUGGCUCGGAGGGGCUCAGAAGUUGAACAUACCUGUGCCCGGAAAAUCCCUUAUUUUGGCUGCUGAUCCCUUAUUUUCGAGGCUGCUGGUCCCUUAUUUUCAAAUCUGUAAGUUGGCAGCUAUGGCCACAAUAUUUGAAGCAAAUGCAUUAGAGACAGAAUCCAGGAACUUGCACAGGUUUUUGAGAAUCUCUGUUUUCAUUGAGAUGUCUUUCUUUCUUUCGCAGGGACAGGCACACCUCACUUGCGGAUGCAAAAUCCCUUAGAGGUUUCCGUGUCCUGCUUAGAAUGCUUUUCUGGGGUUUCUAGUAGGCCUGGGUGAUGGUGCCUUCAUCCAGCAGAAUAUCGUGGGUGAAACUGCCGUCACUCCUGAGUCCCUUGGCCACCAGCGCCUGGUGCGCAGAGGAAGGGAAAAGCUACAUUGGGAGCGGAGGCAGUUUCACCCCAGCACCUUGCGGGGCUGAGGACAAGGCAGCUUGUUCCUCCCUCUGCUUUUCAACAUUGCAAUGUAUCGCUCUAUCACAAUGUUUAGCUGGUGAUACAUCGCAGUGUUGAAAAGCUGAUUAUCUCCCAGCCCUAGUUUCCAGUAGGAGGGCAUGAGAAAUCACCACAUACCGGUAUUCCUGUCCUGUAUCCCUGUCCUGUGGAUUGCAGUUAGCAAGCUCUCCUCUUGCCAGUUCACUUUUCACAAAGUUGCAACCUCCCCUGACCCUCAUUUAUUCAUGAAUCAGUCUUAUACCUAGUCCAUAUAACCCAGGACCGCACUGCUGACAAAGACCUUAAUGCUAGCCUUCCCCAAUUUGGCACAUUCCGGGCGUGGUUGGACUACAACUCCCAUCAGCCCAUGGUCAAGGAUGAUGGGAAGUGUAGUCCAGCCCAGGUUGGGGGAUCCUGCCUUAUGCGGAGAAAGGUCUUUCUCAUCACUGCCUUUGAUCUUUUCCGCUCAAGGCUGGCUUUUUAUUCGUUAGCUCAUUUGUUACAUUUUCAUCCUGCACCAUCAGCGCAUCUCAGCUCUCAGGACAGCUUAAGACGAAAAUAAAAUAAAGUUACACAAUCAACCAUAAGAUCAAACAGAGUAAAACAUCAGCUAUAACACAAUAGAUUUUUUAAAAAGCAACCACACAGUGGAUAAAUAAAACACAAGCUUCCAGAGUGGCUUAAAAGGAUUUUUAACACCUGGGAGAAUGAAUUGGUGUUGAAAUGACACAUGCAUACCAUGUGUUGCAGAUGUUGGGGGAUUGAGCUUAAGAACAUCAGACUAUCCCUUCUGGACCAGGCGAAAGGCCCUUCUAGUCCAGCACUCUGUUCUCACAGCGGCCAGCCAGAUACCUGAGGGCAGCCGGCAAGGGGAUCUGGGUGCAACAGCAAUUUUUUCCACCUGCGCUUGCCAAAAACGGAGGCCUUCUGUAUGCAGAGCAUAUGCUCUACGGCUCAUUUGCAGCCCCCGCUAAGUUAUGACACCCUUCCCCUUCCAUUAGCAAAAAAAAAAUUAGCAGCACGCACAGCCACAUGUAAGUUUUAUGUACACCCUGCUCUAGUUUCUUAUCCAGCGCGAUCACAGUCAGAAGUUGAAAAUAGACACAGCUGUGCUUGUGUGCGGGAGCUGUGUGUCCACACUCACUUUCUCUGUUCUUCCUUCUUCGUCAGGUUUUGGCAUGGAAGCCACACUCCUCUUAGUGGUUGGCUAUUCCCACAGCAAAGGCGUAGCAAUUUCUUUCCUCGUUCUGGCCGUGGGUUUCAGCGGUUUUGCUAUUUCAGGUAAGCUCUUAGCACUGGCGGAGGAAGAGGAGUGCGGGGGGAGCGCACCCUGGUGGGGUGCCAUCGCGGCUGCCACCCGCCCGCACUGGGCACCACGCCCCCACAGGUGUCAUGCCAUGCCCCCAGGGCACGCAUCACACCCCUGCGAGUGGCGCGCCAUGUCCCCAAGACGCGCGCCAGCCCCACCCUGCCUGCUUUCCGUCCCCCUGUGCCAGAGCAUGAAGCUCUGCCACUGCUUCUUAGGGAGCUGGGUUGACCUUCUGAGGAAGGUGAGACCCUCCAGUUGUUGCUGAACUACAACUUCCUACGUCCUCGGCCACUGGUCAUGCUUGCUGGGACUGAUGGGAACUGUAGUUCAGCCACAAAAGAUUCCCCACACCUGUGUUAGGGCCAUAGCUGUCAACAUUUCCCUUUUUUUUAAAGGGAAAUUCCCUUAUUCCGAAUAGGAUUCUUCGCAAGAAAAGGGAAAAGUUGACAGCUAUGGUUAGGGCAUUGUGGCAUUCCAAAUUAAAGGUCCUCUGCUUCCCCCCAACAAGUAGAAAUCAGAGAGAAAUUAAGUUUGUGCUCCUACCUAAGUUGUACUUUCUGAAACAACACACAAAGCCAUGCUCUGAAGUGCGAAAUUCUCUGAAGUUUGCAAUGCACUUCUCUAACCAAGCAAUGUGUGUAGAAGAACACAUACUGGGGUAAAGUGUGCAUCAAAAUGCAUAUAUUUGUGAAAAUAACACUAUAUCAGGGGACAUUGGCCUGCAAAAAUAUGUAUACAGUCGUACCUUGGAAGUCGAACAGCUUAAUUCCUGAACGUUUUGGCUCCCGAACAUUGCAAACCCGGAAGUGACUGUUCCAGUUUGCGAACUAUUUUUGGAAACCGAACAUCCAGCGGGGCUUCCACAGCUUUUGAUUGGUUGCAGGAGCUUCCUGCAGCCAAUCAGAAGCUGCACUUUGGUUUUCAAAUGGAUUCCGUUCGACUUUCAAGGUACAACUGUAUUAGGCAAAACUGUAUGCAAACAUAUAUGUUAGAAGCAGGGCUUUUUUUCAGCCAGAGUUUGGCUCCAUCACCUCUCAGGUGGGUGCCACUGCCAUUGUAAGAGAACAAGGGAGAAGUUCAUGGUGAGCUUUGGCACCUCUUUUUCUAGAAAAAUAGUACUAGUUAGAAGAAAUUCACAGUAAAAUGCUGAUGAACUUUCAUGAGGACUGUUUUGUUUUUGUUUUUUUAGCCGACUGAAGAACCGAGUCUAAGAUUGGUAUUUAAAAUUGGAAAAAUAAACUGAGAGAACCUGAAAUUGUAAGGUUCGCCCAUCCUUGCCCACAACUCCCACACAGUGGGACGCCUGACAUGGAGGCUUUCUGAUACCCAUAUAGUCCAACCCUGUGAAGGGUUCAUCCUCAUUAGGUGCACCAUUUUUUGCAUGGCCUUUGAAGUCUAGUCCAUGCCCCCUCUCUUUUGACCACACCCCUAACCCCCCUUGCCCUGUGCCCUCUGGGUGCUUUUGCCUGAUCGGCAUAUGCAUUGAGCUGUGAUGUCCUCCAUGUUUCUGACUGGCCUUAACCAGAAGUUGGGCAUUUUCUGCCACUGCUCCCAAGCUGUGGAAGGAACACUCCUCCAGCAGAGAUGUGGCAGGCAUCUCUACUUUUGAUUUUUGGGAAAACUUUUUUUUUUAAAUGCCAACAGGGCUAUGUGGGUAUUUACAUUUUUGGAUGAGUAGCCAGGUGUUGCAAUCAUUUUGAUGAUCGUUUAAUGGGUUUUGAAAAAUCUUUUUUAACCAGAGCACAGGAUUGCUCCGUAAGAGGCAAUAAGGGUGAUACCUCUUUCAGGAGAUCAUGAUUAGGAAAAACGCAAAAGGAGGGCAGAAAAUCAAGGCAAGGGGCCCACGUGCUUAUUCCUUUGAACUUUGUUUCUGUUUAUGACUGCAGAAGUAAGAGAUCUUUCAAGUAUCUCAUAGAAGCAACAGGGAACUACAUGCGGACUCUCCAGCUGCAAUCUAAUACCAAACAACUAUGAUCUUGCGUGAACUUACAGGGGCAGGGAAUAUCUGUUAGUAGUUCUAGCAGUAAACUGUAACAUUUUAGCACAUUUGGGUGCUUCCAGACAACCUGAUAAGUUUACAGAGAGAGUAGAUGACAUUCGUUAUUUAAUCAGCAUUCAUUCUGAUUUGUUUGUGGGGAGGUUAGAUGAUAGUCCUCAAAACAAGUGUCAUCCCACUUUUUCCAGGACGUAUAUUCUGUCAUUUCCUUUAUUGCAAAAAGUCUGAUCAUUUUAGGGAAGCAGGUUUGUUCAGGACUUCCCAAUCAUUGCACUACCUGGAUUGGCCAGUAUGUACCGUAAUUGCAUACCACUUAAAAAUAUUGAUAAUCUGGAAGCAGCCUCACAGUUAGAGGCAAUCUGUGGCGUACGUUAGCUCCAAAGUUAGAGGAGAAACUGAUGUAAAUUCUAUAACCUGCCUCCUCGCUUCCAGGAUUUAACGUCAAUCACUUGGACAUUGCCCCCCGAUAUGCCAGCAUCCUCAUGGGGAUCUCCAAUGGCGUGGGAACUCUGUCAGGGAUGGUGUGUCCACUCAUCGUUGGAGCUAUGACCAAACACAAGGUAGGAAUCAAAGCUCCUGAAAGCAGGGGGGUUGCUUGUCCUGAGAACUUCCUGUCCCCAUAAUUUCUAACCUUCUGAUUUGGUUCUCCAAGUGCCGUUUAUGUAGCCAGAAUGGCAACAGCCACACACGGAGGAGGUCUGAGCAUGCUGCCUAACAAUAUGCUCUCUUCCUGAUGGUUGAGAGCAGUUGGGUGGGGAGGCUGAAAAACAGAUGGGGGGCAAUGGAAUGGAGCAGCUAGAAAAGGAGGACAGAGGAAGAAAUACAUUGUUGUUGUUGUUUCAUUUCAUUUCACUCACGUGGGGGUUAAGUUUCUGGGAGCUGCGCGUACAUGAAAUCAUGUAUAGUGAGAACACCAUCUAGAAAGCUUGCAAACACUCUCUAAACCUCUGGAAACUCUUGAAAAACCCUUUAAAACACUGCUUACCAGACUCCCUCCCAGUGCUUUUUUCUGGGGGGACGCAGAGGUACGCAUAACCCUAAACAUUUUGUGAAUCUAAGUUUGGCCUCAUUGAGGGACAGUAUUUCAAUAUGUGUAGGAAAAUGAGAGUACCCCUAAACAUUUUUUUAGAAAGAAAAAAAAGCACUGCUUCCUUCAAGCCUUUCUCAAACUCCAGUUCUCCACAGGUUUCAAAGGUUGGUGCAAGGGCUCCUGGGAUUGAAUUUGCAAUGGCUCCUGGGAUUGCUUGCUGCUCUUUUUGCCAUUUUUGUGAUCUUCUCGGGCCGUUUCUUGCACCACUUCCGGGUUCGAAUCGAAUUAUUUAUUUAUUUCGCAGCGCCACACAUGUACAUGGUGGCAUGCGAGUUGGUCGCACACAAGUGGGGAGUUUCCUGUAUUACUAACGCUUCGCCAGCACGUCCCAGGGCAGGGUGCAAUGUUAACAUUUAGAAUUACAAAUGCUUAAAAUGUUACAUGAAUACCAUGGAUAUACCGUUGACAUGUUAGGUAUGUUAACGUUGCUUCUGAACAUGAAUGUUUCACUUAGCUAUCAUGGCUCUUUCUCCUUCUCAGAAGCUUUGUUAGCCUUCCCCCCAGUACUAUGUUACAUUUUUAGACUGUUAUUUCCAUAUGCAGUGAUUCUUGACUGGAUUUUUCCUUCCUCAGGUUUCUCAUUUAUUGCGGUCAAUGUCCUCUUUGACCUAUAGAGCAGCACCAUUACCAGUGCAAACCCCUCGGUCCUUCCUGUAUAUUUUAUAUCUGGGGAUAAUUGUAUCCCAUUGAUUAUCCCUGCCCUACCAGAUUUCUGAUAUUCCCACAGUAUCUGUGUUCUUUUCUAAUAGCAGACACUCUAAACUCACACUUUGGUUGUUGUUUUUUAAUAAAAAAAAUGUGUAUUGAGAACAUUUUUACCCUGCCUUUCUGCCACACGCAAUAUGAGGCACUUAAGAAAAUCAAUGGAAUAUAUAAACGGGGGUUGGGCGGGGGAGGGAGAAAGAUGAAGCGGGCUGGAAGCACCAGCAGAUAACACCAAUUAAAUUGUAAGAGAGAAUAAGCAAAGAGAAAAAAGGCAAAGAGUGCAAGACUCAGAACUUGGGCAUCUUUUGGGUCCAGGACCAAAGGGGGGGGGGACCACUUUAUCCAGCAAGGUGGGCAACAAAAGGAUUGUCUGGUCAAGCAACAAUGGAGAAGAGAAGGUCCUAUCACUGUGGAGCAUGGAAAUGAUCCAUAAUGAAUUGGAAAAAAAUGUUUAAAAGAACUCCCCCCCCCAAAAAAAACCCCAGAAUCCUUUCGGUUGGGGGAUAAUUCAGACUGAAAUUCCCAGGUAUCAAAAAAGGUUAUUUAUAUAUGCCACUACUGUGGCCCAUGUUUUGUUAGCCCAAAAAUGGAAAACGAGUAAGGUCCCAACCAAAGACAAAUGGCAGCUUAAGUUAACAGAAUAUGCACAGCUUGCAGACUUAACCUAUAAAAUAAGAGAACAAGGAGAACAUACGUUUAGAGAAGAUUGGAAAACGUUUAUUGAAUAUAUGGGAAACAACUGUGUACAGCUGAAAACACCGGCAACACUGAUAAAUUCAACAGUGUAAAUAAGUUUUCAUGGGUGUAAUAAUGGAAUACUGAAUGGUAUAGUCUUUGUAAAAUACACAGGGAUUUAUGAUACGUAAUAUGAACCAUGGAAAGAGAAAAAGGGAUGUAAAAAUUCUUUCAUUCUUAAGGAUGUAAAAAUGAGUACUUUAAAUUGUAAAACAGAAAAUUUAAUUAUGAGAGAAGGCCCUAUCACAUGUCUCUGUUAAAUGGGCCUAGUCCAUUAGGGCAAAUGAGGCACUAUGGUCAAUGGUGCAAAACCGGAACGCAUGUUUUCUGAACUGCACUCCUGUGUGAGUCACAUGAUCAACAUGAGAGUGCAGCACCUAAAAACGUGCCUUUUGGGCCACUGCAAUCUUGCAUGUUUUGGGGUGCUGUACUCUCACGUCCCACAAAACAAGAUGUCCCGGACAGUUGACGGAUACUUGCCAUGAACCCUCUGGGUGGCCUACAUGGACUCCCUGGGGUCUGAGGACCAACCAUUAAGAACCACUGGAAUAAAUGAAUGAAGUACAGUGGUACCUCAGGUUAAGUACUUAAUUUGUUCCGGAGGUCCGUUCUUAACCUGAAACUGUUCUUAACCUGAAGCACCACUUUAGCUAAUGGGGCCUCCUGCUGCUGCCGCGCUGUCGGAGCACGAUUUCUGUUCUCAACCUGAAGCAAAGUUCUUAACCUGAAGCACUAUUUCUGGGUUAGUGGAGUCUGUAACCUGAAGCGUAUGUAGCCUGAGGUACCACUGUACUUUCUUCGGUUAUCCACACUGACCUCUUCCCUCUUUCAUUCCCCACAGACACGGGAGGAGUGGCAAUACGUCUUCCUCAUCGCCUCUCUAGUGCAUUAUGGGGGUGUCAUUUUCUAUGGGAUUUUCGCCUCCGGCGAGAAGCAGCCCUGGGCCGAGCCGGAAGAGAUCAACGAGGAGAAGUGCGGCUUCAUCAACGAGGAUGAACUGGCCGACGAGGAGGACGAAGUGGCCCGCAUGGCCGCAGGAGGGGGCGGGGGAGGAGGAGGCGGGGGCUACGGCGCUACCAAGAGCACCAGUUUUGCCAAUGGAGGCUGGACGGCUGACUGGGACAAGAAGGAAGAAUAUGUCCAGGAGCCUGGCAAAGAUUCGUAUAUGUAUGGCACGCCAGGAGAGCGGGACUUGUCGUAG